AGGAGAAUCCUUGCUAACUUUUUACAUUGAAUACAAUGUCCUUAACCCGUGCAAUGUUUACAAAUGCGGAUGGGAAUUCACAUCCACAAUGAAAUCUUUCAAAUUAUUUAGUCAUUGAUAUAUCAUGGCUACAAAUGGUCCUGAAAGCUCACAGUGGCUUUCAGUUACCGAGGAAACGUUAUUUCUUCAUGAUGGACUUCUUCGAGUUACUGAUUUAGUAGAGCUACCUAAAAAUGUAGAGAGUUGUGGUUCAAGGGAAAACGAAGUUGUCACUUUCGAUUCUAAAGAUCCCGAAGAGCUUAGUGCCAAGCUCUUGGAAAUAUGUGGAACAAGAAAUAAUGCAUUUAACACACUUUUAGAAUAUAGACUGAAUGCCCUGAAAGGACUUUGGAAAGCACAGAAAUUAUUCUGCCAAGAUGAUCAAGGUGACAGAGAUGGUUCAGCUCAAGAUGAAGCCAUUGCACUAUUAAAAAAGCAAGGUUUGCUGAAGGACUCAGAACAAGCAUCCUUUUCUACACGUAUUAGCCUUUUGCUAAUUUUACCUUUGUUGCAGUCUCAAAGCAAAACAGACCCUGAAUUAUGUGGUGUUACAUCUGGGGUGAUUCUUAGUUGUUUGCAUGACUGUCCUCCUUUGAGUUUGGCUAAAGAGCCAAGUGACUGUUUAAAUGGAUUAGAAUCUCUUUUAUGCGGAUGGCUUGGGGAGCCACCACCACCAAAUUCUCAAAUUGUACCAGUUGUGAAAGAGAAAAAACAUCAAGAAAAUGCAGCUGCUGCGUUGGUUGCACUUGCUUGUGCCAGGUAAGAAUUUGAGUGAGACUAUUUUGUCUCUUUUGCAUAAUCUUUAUUUAAUUUACUAGCUUAUUCCUUGAAUUUCAAAGACACUGCAACAUUAAAUAAAAAUAAAAUAUAAAAAUUUAUAAGGCAGGAAUUGGGGGUAAGGCAAGGCUCAAUUCAUUUAUGAAUAAUUAUUAUUUAUCUUUUGUUUUUAUUGCAGAGGACAUGUUAAAACUUUUAUCCAUGCAGUUCACUUACUUCAGCAACUUAAAGAUAUACCUCCUUUGCCAGUUGCUGACAUACUUUCAUCAUUGCUUGAAUGUGAAGGAGGCCAGGGACAAAUUUCAUCUUUCCUAGGCUCAAAAUAUAUUCUAAGUUGGGGAGUAGAUGACCUCCUAGGUCCUACAAAUGCAGAUACAGCUGCAUCUGAAUCAAAAGAGAGCAAUGAAAAGGACAAGGAGAAAGGUAAACAAUUUAUUAAUUGAAACUUUUAACUGAACUAAUUUUUUUCCAGAUAUUUUAAUGCUAAUAAACAGAAGAGGGUAACUAGUUUACUAAUGAAGGUUUUUAUUCUCUGGGUUGAGUGAAGGUAUGGUCUUUUCAGUUAUAGGAGUUUUCACCUAAUGGUCUAUGUUAGGAAACCCCCAUCAUAAUUUAGAUUCAACAAAUAAAAAAAAAUGUUAAUGUCCUUUUUAAAUUUUAUACAAGCUUUUUAUGGACAUUGAACUGAAUUACUAAUUUUUGUUGUUUAUAGAUCAAGACCUUGGAAGGAGCAUAACAACAGAUGGCUUUUACAUAUACACAACCAACAGUUUUGGCAAAGGAAUUGCUAAAGUAGGAACUGGUUUGCAGGGAACUCUCAGGUAACUAAUAUAUAAAUAAUUACAACAGAUAAUUAUUUAUUUAUUUUAAACUUAGAAGAUGUAGGACUUAAUUAUAAAAUUAGCUGUUUUUAAUUAUAAAUAUGUAAUGUCACAAUGCUCAUCCCAUAAAAAUGAAUUAUGAUAUAUAAAUAAUUGGAUGUGUUAAUUUUGGUAUUUUUUCAGUUAUCUUAUCAUCAUAUUCAGUAUGCUAAUUAUAUAAGCACUUAUUUAUUUUUUUAAUGUUAAAUUUUGUUACAGAGGUUAUGUUUACAACAAAAACACAGAGCCUGGCCCAGGAAGAUUAGCUUAUGGGUCUGGACUUCUCUUGUUUCGACCACAGAAGUAUGAUGUUGAAACAGACAAUGAAUGUUUUAUUCAAAUGAUUGACAAAGACACUUUAGAGGUUACUAUUUAGUUAUCUAUUAUUUAGCAUUAGAAAGGUGUGAAAUUGCCAUAACACUUUAUAUCCACAUAAAUAGUGGAACAAGAUAUAUUGAGGCUUCAAAAUUGUCCUUCCUUUACUUUUCUUGUCAAGACUUAACAAAUCUUGUUCCACUUGUUAUUUAAUUCACACAGCUUUGAACCCAGUCCCUCAUAUAUUAUACUAUAUCAUUAGAGUGCCUAGAGUAAAAAAAACUUUCUAUCCACAUGUCAUUUUCACCCGGUACGGUGAAAAAUAAAGUUAUAAGACAGUAAACUUAAUAACUUUAUCAAGUUGGGCGAUAUUCAUUUAUUUAGUUAAUUAAAAUUAAAAUAAAUACAGGAAUCUGUAUUAAUACAGCUAGAAUAAUUAAUCUAUGAAUUAUCUUUAAUUAAAUCUACAUUGCUAUUAAUUUAUCGUCUGGAUCCAUUUUAGACAAAAUUGCCAUUUGAUCAGUGUGAAAGAAAAUCAAAAUUUGAUGACAAUCGGACUUUAAAAAAGAUAUUAUUAUUGAACAAUUGUAGUUUAUCCAUUUAGAAAGAAAAUACAUGUUUGAAUGCACAGUUAUGGGGACAAUAUAAAUGAAUGUUCUUUUGGCUAUGUUAUAAGGACACAGUUUGGCAUGCUGUUGAUGGUUAAACACAAUAUUGACUUGUGUGGAUAUUAAGUGUUAAUGUCAUUGAUUUUUAAAAAAAAAAUUUGUCACUAAAAAUAUAUGAUUAUGAAUUUGACAUGACAAGUUAUUUUGAAAAAGGCCAGCAAUGUUGAUUUUGUAACAUAAGCAAUGAAGUUGGUCUAGUUAAUUAUACCACAUUUAGGAUUUUGUAACUCUAAAAUAUAUUUUGACAUUUCAGUGAUUGUUUUGACUCUCAUUUUUUGUGUGCAUCUAUGUGCUUAGGUUCUGAAGGUCAUCUACAAGCCACCUCUGUUUGUCCAGCCAGUUCAGUGCACAACUGUAGGCUUUUUCAGUGACGGUGUCUACUUUUACUUGCUCUGGUGCCCUGCACUUGUUCAGGACAAAAACACCAAAGGUGUCAAUGUAAAUGUGUAUGCCUUUGAUGUUGAGGUCAGUUUCAGACUCAGUUUUUAACAUGUUUUUCUAUUCAACUGUUGUAAAUUGUAAUACACUUUAUAGAGGCUAAAAGUAAUUCUUUAACUCCUAUACCAGUUAUAAAAUUCAUGUACUUUUAUGCUAAUUGAAGAGUUUUGAGAUUAAUUAGAAAAACCUUUGAACAUUUCUGGUAUUUUGAAAAGUAUUAUUUGGAAAGGAGGUGAAAAAAUUAAAGAGAGUUACCAAAUAUGUUGACAGAAUCUGCUGAUGAGCAUUAAUUUAAAUUAGCACUGCAAGUUAAUUUAAGAAAACAACCACGUUUAAGAAGAUAUAGGGAGAGAAUAAAAGUGUUGAUUUUCAAGAUCAUCAAGAAAAGCCAGUAUUUUUACACCACUUUUGCAGUUUUGCCCAUUCAUACAUUGUGUGAAUAAAAUUUAAGACAUUUAAAUAUUGCAACCAAAGUUAAUCAUGGAAAACUUGUUAAACCUUACCAAAUUAAUUCUAAUCAAUGUCUCUUUCUUAGUCUAUUCACAUUGUAUCUUUUAAAUGCUAUAAAUUGUUAGCAUGGGUCUUGAACUUGCAUAGUGGUGAUUUAUGGAUUUGGAAUCAAAAUUGGUUUUGACCCAAAAUCAUUAUUAUUUUAAAAUAAUUUAAUAUCUUAAGAUUCUUUAAGUUGCUUUCAAAUUUUGUUAUUGAUAUUUGGUAUUUUCAUUACUAUUUUUAUUCAUUUCUGAUUCAAACACAGAAAGAUUUAGAUGUCAGAUCACUUAGGCAAAUCAUAACGCUACAAAAGAAAGAAGAGGCAGUUAGCAGAAAUGUCAAUGAGGCAAUACUCAACAGGCUGAGGCCUUUAAGGGGUUCAAACAGUGCGGCCACCUUGAUGGCACUGACUGGUGGUGAAACUCUCAUUCCAACAAGGAAAGAAGACGGUAUGUACAGGCUAGGAUUUUAUUUGAUAAAUAAUUGAUAAAUAAACCUUAGCUUUUAAAAAAAAUAAUAUAACUUUUUAAAAGAAUAAAUAAAAUCUCAUUGGUAACACAAUUUUUAAUGUAGAUUUUUAAAUUGCCAUUUUUGGUUUUGAAAGUAAAAUCAAGAUCAAAAGUAAUUAUAUUUGACUUUUCUAAUUAAAAAAAAUUGAAACUAUAACUUGAAGUACAAUUAAGUUUUAAAACCAAUGAAAUCUGACUGUGAGUUUCCUUAAUACCUUUGUUCGUCCCCAGUCCCCAGUGCUGGAAGUACAAGCUGUGGUGUACAGCUUAAGACUUUGGUUAAGACACCAAUGUACUGUGACGGGAACCACAUUGUUAUGCUCACCGUGCCCCCUGGCUCGGCACCUGGAAGUGCCAGCAGACCCCUUUUUGGAGGAGGGGGCCCAAUAUCAAAUCUCAGAUGUGAGUUGGAAAUGUGCUAAAGAUCAAAUGAACAAUGUAUUCAAUAUUGUUUUGUUGUGCCUUUUUGUCUUGAGGACAGUGAUGUAAAGAAAAGAAAAGUACACUGGACAAAUUCACACAGUAACUUAAGAAUUGGUGUGUGGUCUUGAUGGGGGGAAGUUUUUGUAUCGUCAGGAACUUGUAUGUUUUUCAUGGGGGGGGAGUUAAAAAAAAAUUAACGGAACCUAUUCCUAAAAUUUAUUUUACAAAAAUAUAAGCACAAACAACCGAACUCAGAAAUGGAUGUUAUAAAUAAUAAGUUGAGCCAUCAAAACACAUAACUGAUAUUAAAUCUUGAGAUUAAAUGUUGUGUUUUGUUCCAGCCCUGGCCAGCAACAUGUGUUUCAAUGUGAAAACAGGUUUCUUCAGUUCCCGCAUGGAUCUGAUGGAGGCCAGCUCAAGUUCUGUUGGAAGGGGGACACCUCUGACCACUCUCGGUUUGUCAUCUUCACGGUUCAGUGACAUUUAAAAAUAUUUUUUUUGGUUCCAAGAACUUCAAAUUUUUAGGCAUUUAUACAUUAAAAAUAUUGAAAUACAGUCUCCACUUAAACCCUAAGACAGUCAUAAUGGCCGAUAAAUGGCUGUUAUACCUGUUUCUGUGGUGUCAAAGCUAGUAAAAUUUCCAUUAAAAAUGUAUAUUGGUUAUGUGGAAAUCACUCUAUAUAAAUGAAUUUGCUUUCUAUUCAUUUUUCUAUCUGUGUGUUAACUUGCUAUUAUCAGAACUUGUUUUGUGAUUAAUCGGAUGUAAAAUUUGCGCAAUGUUUAUGACUGCCAUUAUGUCUGAUACUGGAGAGGGCUGCCUUUGGCUUGCAAUAUCAACACAGAAUUCCUUUAUUGGAAUUAUUUCAAAGGGGUUACAAUGAAAACAAUGAUUUCAGAGUUAUUCCAUGUGCUAGUAAUGACAGUAUUAGCUCUAGCAGUGACAUAAGAGUCAGAUAUUAACAAUUUUAGCCCUAAGCAUAGUCAUAUUGUCACAUGAAAAAUGUAUUUAUAAUUUUAAUUGAAAAGGAAUUUUUUUUAUUAAUUUAUUGUUUUCCCCUUUUGUAUGACAGAAAUUUGAAGGUACCGGUAGUAAAUGAAAAAAAAUCAUAAAAAUUACAUUGUUGAAACUAAGUAUCUAUAACUUAACAUGUUAUGAAAGGAUAUUUCUUUAUUUAUCUAAAAAACCUGUGGAAAUGAUAGAUAGAACACAAUAGUGAGAUUGGGGUGGGUUGAAUGCAGAAGUUGGGUGGUAAAAUUUCACUCACCCUGUAAAGGUCAAUAUCAACAUGCAUGCCAUAAAAAAAAAUUCUUUUCAUACAAUAAGAUGCCUUGUCAACAUAACUUUCAGGAAAUGUAUGUUUGUUAGGGUCUCUGAAUUCAUUUAGUAUGGGAUUUUGUCAUUUUUGACAAGCUUAUGAAAAUGCAAAGAAUGGCUUGACAUUACAGUACAGGAAAAUGUACUUGAGAGUUCUAUGGUUAAUUUAAAAGAAGACACUGGUUUGUUUUCAAACACAAGGGUAAUGUUUGUUUUUCUAAGAAUGCUAAGGUUGGAAAAGAGAGUGUUAACUCUCAUAGAAGACCUAUUGUAAAUAUGUAAGGGAUACACUUAUCUCUCAUAUAAGGCCUCUUUUACAUAAAAAAAAGACCUUUAACUCUCAUAGAAGACCUAUUGUAAAUAUGAAAGGGAUACACUUAUCUCUCAUAUAAGGCCUCUUUUACAUAAAAAAAAAGACCUUUAACUCUCAUAGAGGACCUAUUUUAAAUUUGAAAUGGAUACACUUAUCUCAUAAGACCUUUUCUAUGUUCUAGGAGCCUGCUUUGAUAUUGUCAACAACAUGCUGUGGAUUUCUAGUGGAGAGUAUGUGGACCAGUUCUACAACCCUGGCAACCUGCCGCCCCAUCACAUCCACUCGAGGCUUGGUAUUACCGAGACAUCUCUGCAGGGCAACCUUGAUGGUAAUUGUCAAAUACAAAUUUUUCUAAAAUACAAUGGUGUCUCUGAGUCAUUUCCCCCCAGGCCCCCAGCUUAUUCAACAUAUGGGACUUGAUCCUGGCGAUGUUAGCAUUAAACUGUGGUGCCCUGGAGCGGUAUGUUCAUCACAUCAGUCAACAAUAAAGCAAAUGAUUGCAGUGGUGUUUUAUGAACUCAGUUAUUGUGGAGUUUUUUUUAGUAACCCUGUCUGUUUAUCAGGAUAAAAACAUUGUUGAAUAACAUUUAGUAGGUAACUUGUAUAUAUAUAUAUAUAUUAUAAGUUCACAGUGAUUUUCAAAAAAAAAAUCAUGCUGAUUCUCAGCUCAUAGUUGAUCCUCUUCUGUUCGUAUUGGCUCUAAUGACAUCACAUGAUGUUUGAAGCUACGACCCGUUUGAAAACCACUGACGUCAAGAUCGUGACUACCGCAUAAUCCGAAUCAAAAGAGUUUUAAAACUAACAGAUCAUUAAAUUUGGAUGGACCAUGAUCAGCAUUACUCCGAUCAAUAAGUGCUAGGAAAACAUUUCAAUUGAGACGUGGCGUUAAAAAUAACAAGCUGAUGGAACUGAGAUCAUAUGAACAUUCAGACACACUGAAGACACCUAAAUGUAACGGAUCUCAAACGAGGACCAAGAAACUAGCCUGUCCAGAGGAUUUACAAGGUGCAAAGUGCUAUAGAGCUCAUUAUAUAUAUAUCAGCAGCAUCAUUACAAUAAUAGAAACUCUUGUAGUUAUUUUCUCCAGAGUGUUUACUUCCCCUAUACCUUCUAUCAUUGGAGGGGGGUUGUCUUGUCACUGUCUUCCUUGAUUUUCUCAUGUGCAUUUCCAACAGGCCAUUACCUAAUGCCCGUCAACAGUGCCAUCAACACUCUCUUACACAAUGUGGCCAGUAUGUGUCUACAUCAGAUGACCGGAGAUGCUUCACAGAGACACGGCCAGGGCAAUUGCAACAGCUCCUGUCCCCCUGAGGCACCCAUGGACCUCUGCCACCUGACCCGUGUCACUGACAUACUGGGUAGAGCUGUCAAUGACGUAGAUGAGCAAGCCAUCAUCUGUUGUUUGGUUGUGUUACAGGUAUACAGAGCUUUAGAUAAUAGGUGCCUUUUUGUUUGGACAGACAUACACUUGUCCUUACUACUGCAAACACUGAAAUAGCCAAGUAAUCACUUAUUGUAUUUCAAGCCAUUGCUUUUCCUUCCCAAUCUUACUUAAUGGAAGAAUUGAUGUUGACCAAGUUUUUCCUUGUCUGACAGCACAUCUUUAAAACAAGCCAGAGGACAAGUGAUGUCAAUCAAGUCAGUGAGCAGAUGAAAACCACCAGGUCAUUUUUUAUAUCAAAUCUUAAGUUAAGAAUAAUUACAUAGUUUUUAGGGCAAAAUCUUUCAUAGAGUUUUAUUUUGCACUCUAGCUCAGGCCUGCACAACUCUAAAUGUAAGGCGGGCCGUAAUACUUUAUAAAAAACUUGUGCGGGCCCAAAGAUAAUAGGACACGGGGGAAACGUAUUAAGAAAAUAAUAGUAAUAAAGAAUAUUUCAUUACUUCGCGGGCCGCAAAGUGGGUGCUGGCAAGCCGGUGGGCCGUAUGUUGUGCAGGCCUGUUCUAGCUGUUUAAUUUUAAAAAUUUUCAUAGGAGUGUUAUUGCCAGUUUACAAACAAAUUUUGAAGAUUUAAAAGGCUAGCAUGAAGAUUUCACGCCUUAUUUUAUCAGCCUGAGGAGGCACUGACUUGGCUAACCAGAUGACAUGUGGCACUGACAUGGCUAACCAGAUGACAUGUGGCACUGACUUGGCUAACCAGAUGGCAUGUGGCACUGACUUGGCUAACUAGAUGACAUGUGGCACUGACUUGGCUAACCAGAUGACACUUUUUAGACCAGAUUUAGAUUAUUAUAUUGAAAGUUAUUUCCCUUAUGAAAUGUUUUAUGAAUCUAAAUGACACUGGCAGCCAUGAUUAGUCUUGCUUCACUUCAUUCAGUAGAUCAAAUCAAACAUUUUUAUUGUCAUGAAAGUUCUUUUUUUAAUUACAAUAACAAAAUAAUGCUGCCAUGAAGAGCUGCAUCAUAUUUGUAUUAAUAUUUAUUUGUAAUUUCUCAGUGUAGGACAUUGAGGUAGUAUCUCCUGACUAAUCUUUUAUGUAUGUAAUUUCUGUAUAUAGGACAUUGAUCUGGAAACUUCUGACAACUACCUGGAAAACGGAGGGUGACAGGGGUCUGUCCUCAUCCAUCAAGACGGAGGCAUGCCAUGUUGUCACUGUUGGCCUGAGGGCCCUGUACCCCACUCCCCAGGAUAGGCAUGUCCUGUUGUAUCAGCUGCUGACAUCAGGUGAGAGGCUGCUCAGGUCAUUAGAGGAAAGUUACAGAAUAAUAAUAAUAAUAAUACUAAAGUUUAUUUGAAAAACACGCUUCAUCCCCAAAAGCUCGAAGUGCGGUACAAAGUCAACCAUAUUAAAAAGAGAAAUAAAAAACAAUCUAAAAUGUACCACAUUUAAAAACAGACACAACAAUAUAAAACUACAUACGAGCAUACCAAGAAUAAUAUCAACUUAUUAGGAUCUUGGGUUCAUUUAGUUACUCAAGUAGUGGUAAGAAACACAUAGUUGUGAUAGAAGAAACAAAUAGUUGUGAUAUUGGAUAUACAUAAUUGUGUCAUUAAUGAACACAUAGUUGUGUCAUAAUAAACACAUAGUUGUGUCAUAAUAAACACAUAGUUGUGUCAUAAUAAACACUUGUUUGUGUCACAAUAAACACAUAGUUGUGUCACAUUAAACACAUAGUUGUGUCAUAAUAAACACUUGUUUGUGUCACAAUAAACACAUAGUUGUGUCAUAAUAAACAAAUAGUUGUGUCAUUAUAAACACAUAGUUGUGUCCUAAUAAACACAUACUUGUGAUAUAAUAAACACAUAGUUGUUGUGUCAAUCAUUAGAUAUACAUAAUUGUAAUAUAAGAAACACAUAGUUGUGUCAUAAUAAACACAGAGUUGUGACAUAAUAAACACAUAGUUGUUGUGUCAAUCAUUAGAUAAUUUUUUUAAAAUUAGAUAGUUAUGAUAUUCAGAAAUUCAGGAAAUCUAAUAGUUGUGAGAAUGAUACAGUUGUGAGCCUCAUAUAAUUAUUGGAAUGAGAUAGUUGGGAGAUGAGAUAGGUGGGAGAUGAGAUAGUUGUGAGAAUGAUACAGUUAUGAGCCUCACAUAGUUAUUGGAAUGAGAUGGGAGAUGAGAUAGUUGGGAGAUGAAAUCGCUGGGAGAUCAGAUAGUUGGGAGAUAGUUGGGAGAUGAGAUAGUUGGGAGAAUGAAAUAUUCAUGAGCUGUAUCAAGAUUGCCUGAAUCCAAUAGGUGAGGAGAAUCCAGCACUGAUCCAACUGCGGAACAUGAUCCUAACAGAGUUCUCCAAUCAGCUGAGUUCACAUCAGCCUACAGCUACUGAACAUGACGAUGUCCUACAGUGAGUGCAAUCUGUUUCUCUUUCUUCCAUGGAAUUAUGACCAGGAAAUAAUUCUGUACAUUCAUUUUCACAAGUGUUGCUUUUUUCUUGGCAUUUUUCAACAAUAAACCAAUCUACCUAGAAACCCAGGAGCAUUAAGAAACUGAUGCUAUUUGCCAAUGUCUGAGUUGUGCCUGUGCCUUGUGUUCCCCACAGAUUAGAUGAUCUUGUCCUGUACAUUCUCAAGCUGGCCGUCAAGGAAUCAUGUUCUUUACUUAACAAAGCCCGUGUGUGCUCCAGGACAGACUUUAACAUAAUGAUCUCCAAUCUACCGGUAAGACAGACGUUGCCUUAGAAAUUUGUCCUCAAGACUUUCAUCAAAAUGUUGGGCUUUCCAAGACUCUUGCCUGCAUUCACAUCUAUAGAUUUGGUCAUCUUCACUGGCUAAAGAGGAGCAGCACCAUUGUUGUGCUGACCUUUUAGUUGUAACAAUGCUUGGAUAUGAAAUGCAAUGGGUCAAAGUCUGGUUUAAACAUUAUGGCAAGGUUUUCAGUCAUCAUUGAGCCGUUUAGGAAUAAUUGAGUAUAGGAUCCCAAUAAUCAGGAUCACGUCAUGUGCAGUUGUUUGUUGUUGUUGUUUUUUCCAUGUUGAACUGUUAUUUUAAAACUGGAGUUUUCCUAUUUCAUGAUUUCUUGUCACUUAUUGAAUUUGAUCUCUGCAGGUUGCGUCUCCUGCUGUACAAUACUUAUCAUCACUACGUUCCUACUACCUGAGAUGUGCUGUGUUGUAUGAGGGAACCCAUGAUAACAGCACCAGAGACAGAGACAGUUUGUCUCUUGAAGUAAGUCAUGCAAUUUUACUACCCAUGUGGCCUAAAACUCCAGAUUAUUUAAACAUCAGAAAAAACUUAAAGAAUUUGAUUUGGUGAAAAUCUUCGAGUAUUGAUUAGUACAACAUAAGAAAAAACUUAAAGAAUUUGAUUUGGUGAAAAUCUUCGAGUAUUGAUUAGUACAACAUAAGAAAAAACUUAAAGAAUUUGAUUUGGUGAAAAUCUUCGAGUAUUGAUUAGUACAACAUAAGAAAAAACUUAAAGAAUUUGAUUUGGUGAAAAUCUUCGAGUAUUGAUUAGUACAACAUAAGAAAAAACUUAAAGAAUUUGAUUUGGUGAAAAUCUUCGAGUAUUGAUUAGUACAACAUAAGAAAAAACUUAAAGAAUUUGAUUUGGUGACAAUCUUCGAGUAUUGAUUAGUACAACAUAAGAAAACAUACUAUCCUGCCAUUCUUGUUCUAUCCUGUCAUUUUUGUACAAUCCUCGCAUUGUGCUACCACCCUCUCAUUGCUGUACCAUCCUGCCAUUGUUGUACCAUCCUGCCAUAGUUGUACUAUCCUACAAUAGUUUUACCACCUAGUCAUUGUUGUUCCAUCCUGCCAUUGUUGUUCCAUCCUGCCACUGUUGUAGUAUCCUGCCAUUCUUGUUCUAUCCUGUCAUUUUUGUACCAUCCUCGCAUUGUGCUACCACCCUCUCAUUGCUGUACCAUCCUGCCAUUGUUGUACCAUCCUGCCAUAGUUGUACUAUCCUACAAUAGUUUUACCACCUAGUCAUUGUUGUUCCAUCCUGCCAUUGUUGUUCCAUCCUGCCACUGUUGUAGUAUCCUGCCAUUCUUGUUCUAUCCUGUCAUUUUUGUACCAUCCUCGCAUUGUGCUACCACCCUCUCAUUGCUGUACCAUCCUGCCAUUGUUGUACCAUCCUGCCAUAGUUGUACUAACCUACAAUAGUUGUACCACCUAGUCAUUGUUGUUCCAUCCUGCCAUUGUUGUUCCAUCCUGCCAUUCUUAUUCUAUCCUGUCAUUGUUGAACCAUCCUCUCAUUUUGGUACCACCCUCUCAUUGUUGUACCAUCCUGGCAUUGUUGUACCAUUCUUUUGAUGGUCUGAAACACAAGUCUAGCAACUAAGCAAUUUCUUUGACCAGGAUAUCCAAGCUAAAGUCCUGAGCCUCUCAUCUAAAUUGAUUAGUGGAGCUUGUGAGGUUUUGGAGAGUUACCUGGAGACAUGCAACAUGGUGCUGGGGUCCUGCAGCGGUGGCAGUGAGGACCUAGAGGCCUGGCUGACCGGACUGGAGAGACUUGCCAAGAGUACAAUUCUAGGCUCACUGAUGCCAGUGUUGAUCACAGCACUGACUCACUCCAGCCUACAGUGCCUCAACGUUGCCGAUGCCCUGAUGCCCUCUUUGGUCACUCUGAGUUUGCUUGCCAGUCAGGUAAUACAGGAGUAUAUAGCAAAACCCUCUUGGUAGUCAACAGUUAGUUUGCCACCAACAUCACUACUUUGUUAUGUGUCAAUGGAAAGCUUUUAAGAAUAAGCCUGCAAUCUCAGUGGUCUCAAACUCAUGGUAGUAAUAAUCAGUUUUCAGACAUGGCCGAUGAGAUGCUCAGAUGAAGUCCAGCAGUAAAGUAAAUGCUGAAAAAUGCACCAGCCAAUCUCAGUAUAGUUUUAAAAAAACCAGUUGCUCCAAUGUUUUGAAGGCUGCAGCCAGGCACGUGCUCACAACAAGAUGACGUUUGCCAUGUCUAGUUACUGAAGUUAUUGUAUUUGUUUGUUCACAUCUUAGGCUGCCCUUGUUAUGAAAAGUCAAGAACUGACUGCCAACACAUCCAUGGUCUCGGCAGCGGACCUUGACCUUGGGACAGAUAAGGAGAUGGCUGAAUUUAUUGGGGAAGCCCUAAGUGUUGACCAGUGAGUAAAGUUAUGAUAUCACACAGUCCUCCUCAUCCUCAUGUCCCUUAGUCCUUGGACCGUUGGGGCGCCUCAGAUGACAUGUGAACCAUCCUCCUCCAUUCCUCUCUGUCUUCAGCACUACGCACUGCAUCGCCCAGUGUUAGUCCUGUCCACUCUUUGAUGUUAACCUCCCACCUUUUUCUUUGUCUUCCUCUUCUUCUCCCUCCUCUUGUGGUGCCCUGCAAUAUUUCUUUGGCAAGCCCUUGUUUCCUUGUUACGCGGCUGUACCAUUGUAAUUUGUGUUUUUUCACAGUCACCAGUAGGUCAUCAUACUCCCCAAUUGCCUGACACAGUGGAGUCUCCCAAAUUGGUGUUUCUGAAAGAAGUUCACUAUUAAGGAAUGAAAAUGUUGCCAGACACUGAUGUUUGGUAUUAGCAAGAAUGAUCCAUCAUCUUGUAACAGUUAACAUUGUUAAUUGUCUAGUGAACACUAUAAUUUAUAGAACCUUUAUUGUUUUUUAGUUUUUCUAAUUGCUUUUCAUAGGUUGUUAGGUUCUAAUUUCUUGAGGUUAUAGUUCUUAUGACAAUAAACUGAUAAAUGAAUGUAGAGCUGUGAAAUGGUGCAUUCUAAUUUGUAAAAUUAUAAACUAUGUUUAAUAAUGUGAACUAUUCAAUGAUCUGCUCCAUUAGCGACAUGAACAUGGAGGAGGAAGAAGGCUUUCUGACCGGGCUGAAGAUUCCGACACCCUGGGCCUCUGGGAAGACAGUUGAGACUAUUCACCCCGUCAGGGACAACUACAAGUUCAAGGAAACCGUCCACAUUCCUGGUGCUCGCUGCCUGUACCUUAGAUUUGACCCCAGGUGCUCGUCCCAGUAUGACUACGACAAGGUGAUACAUUGAUGGAUGGGAAUUUAAUGACAUUUGACACCUGUGAUUUAACGUCCACUUACGAUCAUUGAAGAGCAAAAGAAUAUUUACCUCUCGCUGUGAAUGUGAAGAGGGAGUUAAAUUAUUAUUUACUGACAUAAAUUUUCUUUGCAUAAUUUCUAUUUUUGUGUGCAUUUUAUUGAAAGUUUGUUAGAUCACAUGAGAUCCAAUUCUUCAGGAUACAAACGUUAUGUUAAAGUAAAAUAAGAAAACCAAAUUUAUUUAAGUUGAUCUAAUUGCUCCUAAUAAAGUCAUUACAAAAUGUUAAAUGAUGUCAUUAAAAUAGUUGACCAUUUUCCACUGUGAACUCAGGUUGUAGUUUAUGCGGGCCCUGGCAUCAACGGCAAGAAGGUGGUGGAGUACGGUGGCAACUCAUUUGGAUUUGGCAGUCGCAGUGUCUUGGGGAGUGGAUGGCCAAAAGAUCUGGUUAAGGUAAGAUCUGGUCAAGGUAAGAUCUGGUUACGGUAGCGUUGAUACUAUGACAUGUCCCUGUUCUGGACAUGACAAUACUAUGGGUCCUACUACCUGAAAUCAGAGGCAGUACAUCUUCACCAGGGCUACAAAUAAGGUGGAAAUUAAAUGUUUCAUUUUUGAAAGAUUAGUUUAUUAAUUGCUUUGAAGGGAAAGAUCAAUAACUCUCUGUUUUUUCUUUAAAUUAAAAGCAUGCUUGACAGUCUGCUGCUCAUGUGUCAAGUCCAUUUCAAACUGGGCGUCUUAAUUUUUUCAGCUCACAGUGCUUACCGCAACUUUUCUUUGUCACGAUAAUCAAAACCAAACAUAGGGCCUAAACUUUCUGUGAAAUGUACGUUUCUAAUUUAAACAUUCCUUCCCAUCAUAAUACCCACCGCCCCCUUUGAUGGUCCAGUGCCCCAUAAAAUUUUCCAAGCCUUUCAACGCCCCCAUGUAAACCUCGCCCACUUUGAGAAGCGCUGAUAUAGAUUGUUCUCCCCAUUUGUAUAUUAUUAGUACUCAAAGGGAGAUGCUCAACUAACACUAAUUUUUUUGAUGUUACUUUAAUGAGAGAGCAUUCCUUGUACCCGACUAUUAGACAGGUGGAAUAAAAUCAAAACAUUACAAACAGUAAGAGUAAGAGCGUAAGAAACAUAAAAUAGUUAGUAUUGGAAAAUGGAAUAAUUAAAAAUGAACAUACAAAUCCUUAACGUGCUUCUUUAAUUGGUGAAAAUGGCCAGGUGAAGUUUUCCUUCUAACUAUAUCUUAAACUCUCCCAAUACAGGGCCCCCCCCCCCCCCCCCCCCCCUCCCCUCUAUCUCUCUCUCUCUUCUUCCACCUUAAUAGACACGGAAAUACAUGCACACAGUUUGUUAUGCUAUGAGCCUCUGUCAAUCAUUAAAAUGUAUUAUAACAUAAAUAUUACAAUUGGGUAUUCUGGAAACUACUUUGUUUAUCAUACAAUGUACAGCUUUGACUUGGUGGAAAGCUUUUACAAAUACAUCAACUCUUUCCGUGCCAAUCCACGAUACAUCGUCGAUUUGGCUGAUCGCAUUGGUGCAAUCAACGAUGUACCGUCAAUUUAAUUUCUGUAGUUUAUUUCGUUGACUACGUCUAUCAAUUCUACUUUUUAUGUUCUCAAAUGAACGAUGACUCUUCCUACUUCCUUCCUAUUAGAAAUAGGGUUAGGGUUUAUUUAUAUUUGUUUUUCCAAGAAAUGGAACCUUUUUUUUCGAUUUGUGUUCAAACUGUUGUAAACCAAACAAUGGCCACGCCUAAUCCAAGCACAUCAGCUGUUGCUAGACCACAUAGGUAGUCAAAUUUGCAAACAAAAAAGUUUCUAUUGAAAUUAUUGAUGCAAAAACAUCGGAUAAUAUCCAUGAAUAAUUUGAAUCUGAUUCCAGUAUUGACUUUUAACUUUCUGAUGGGUCGGCAAAUGCCAAAUGGAAACAGAGGAGGUAAUAGUAAUAGUAGUGACAGUCGGCACUUUGCUAAAAAUUUCAAAACAUUUUAAAAAGAUUUGUGAAAAUAUUAAAAGACCACAGCUGUAUAAAGCCUAGAGAAUAGAUUACAAAACCACCAAGAUCAACUUUCUAGCUCAAGUGGUUCAAAAGUUAUGACUUUGUUAGUGAGGACCUCAAAACCACUUUUUUUACUAUGGCGACAGUGAGGAUUCAGAUAAUACUACUCCUGUUUCUGCAAAGAGCAGUCAGAAAUUAGGCAGAAAAGAUGCAGGAGGGACGGUUUCUAAAGCCCAGAACCUUGAAACAGUCAUUCCCCUGGUGGCCACUCUAAUCAAAGCCAGGGGAAAAACCCACUAACAGUGCAGACAAGCGUCUCAGUGAAAAUAAGGACCCGGUUGACUAUGACGGGCAUGUGUGGAUACCUUUCUGUGCACGAAAGAAACUAACCUGGCUGCUAUGUGUGCAUCGGAUGCACAGCAAAUGAAGGCCUCUGUGUGUUGAGUACUUCAGAAAGGACCACACCGAAAGAAAUGUGUACUGAAGUAAAAUAUUUUGUAAAUAAUAUGUUUGACAUUUGUGUAAAAAUACGUAUGUAAAGAAACUGUUUUCUUCUGUUGACAUUAAUGUUAGAAAAAUGUGUGUAACUCUGUCACUAGGUGGAAUAUUUUCAAAUGUAAAAUGCAUUCUGAUCAAAAAUGGAUAUACUUUCUGAUUAUUGAAGCAGAAUAGGACACCAGCUACGCAGACCGUAUUGUACUCUGAUAAGUUCAGAUUUUGUGCGCAAUUUAAGAAACAAACAACUUGGAUCUCAUAAAAUGACCCAUAAAAUUUUAACUCUUAUUCUCUUUAAAUCUUUUACGUAUUAUUAUUCUCUGUCCUAUUUCCUUUAAAUUGAUAUGAAAUACAGCUAUCUUGCUAAAAAAAAAUGUAAUCAAAAUUAAUUAAUGGAUAAGAGCACUCUAAAAUAUUUCCAUUAGCCAAAAACUGGUCUGGCACAAACAUGGAAAACCUGGCAUGGAAAGCGUUAAUAUGACAAUGUUGUUGUACAUAAUUGUAAUUUCACAAACAAGCUACUGCAACAAAAGCCUAAGAUGAUGUGAACUAAAAAAUACAAAAUGUAAUGAGAUAGAACUUAUUUUAUCGUUAGAAAAAGAGUGGGCAAACUUCUAUUCAAUUAAAACAAUUUUUCAUGUAUUUAUAAAAAAAAGGCAUUUAGGAGAAUAUAUUUAUUCAUCAUGUAAUUUCCUGCACAUUGAUUUGUGAUUACCCUGAGAUUUUCUUGUUAAAGAUGGUAAUUCUAUUUUUGGUCAGGUUGAAGGAGACACUGUGACCUUGACAUUUGAGAUGCGCAGUGGCAGAGAGCACAACACGCCAGACAAGGCAAUGUGGGGUUUUUCUUGUACAAUCAGAGCUCAGGUAACUAUAAUACAAUGCUGGCUGGGCGCUUAAGCAGUGGGAUAUUGGCCAUAGCAUUUCCUGGUAUGGCUUAGGCGCCACCUAUUGAUUAUGAAGUUUUGUGGUAUGUCUGCCGUCCUGUGCCGUUCUUAUUGUUUCAUGCUUAAAUGAGACAUAAUUGGCCAAGUCUUUGAAUAUUUUCCUGCUUCGAAGGAAUCGGCUGAAGAGGUGACACCGGGGCUCCCUUUUCUUUCUGACCUGGCACUGGGCCUCUCUGUACUUGUGUGCACACAGCUGGCCCUCCUGUACCAUGGGGCCCCCCCUUCCCAGGAUGAGCUGGAUUGUCAACAUCUACUGAAAUCCAAGAUUCUGCAGAGGUGGGUAGUUUAUGUCGGCCAUAGAAAGUUGAGCACAUUUCUAGGUCAAGGAACUAAAGAGUUAAUAUGGUCAUCUCACGGACAAGCAAAGCUGGUAUCAAUUAUGAACUGUUGAGAUGUGCAAGAACAUCAGUUGAGAAAUUUGAUGGAAUUAAAUUUCAAGAAAUUUAUGAUAGGCACAACUAGUCAAAUUGAUGUUUAAUUUAGGAUAGGCACAACUAGUCAAAUUGAUGUUGAAUUUAUGAUAGGCACAACCAGUCAAAUUGAUGUUUAAUUUAUGAUAGGCACAACUAGUCAAAUUGAUGUUUAAUUUAUGAUAGGCACAACUAGUCAAAUUGAUGUUUAAUUUAUGAUAGGCACAACCAGUCAAAUUGAUGUUUAAUUUAUGAUAGGCACAACUAGUCAAAUUGAUGUUUAGUUUAUGAUAGGCACAAAUAGUCAAAUUGAUGUUUAAUUUAUGAUAGGCACAAAUAGUCAAAUUGAUGUUUAAUUUAUGAUAGGCACAACUAGUCAAAUUGAUGUUUAAUAUGGCUCCUUGCAAGCAAUUUAAAAAAACAAAACAAGUACCCAUAAAACAUGGAACAAGGCACAUCAUUUAAGUGUGUCCAUUACUCUGGUAGAACUGCAUUAAAACUAGGUAACAUAGCAGUCAACGCUUUUUCUCUACUGACCUUCUUUAUUUGUGCGUCCAUCUUAAAUAGCAAAGACAAAUGAUUUCAAAAGUAUCUUCCAGAUGGUGUCUAAUCUCCCCUCCCUUUGCUCCAGCUGAAUUGAUUCUCUUCUUGUCAGGUGUAUCUGGAGGACUGAGAGAUGUUCUGAAAGUGGGGACAGACCCACAGACUCCCCUAACCCAACCCUGGGCUCCAUAUCCCCACCCCCGAGCAAGAAACCGAUGGAUGAAGACCCGGAAGUGGCGGGUGCCGCUGCCAGUAUACGGCUGCCCCGCAUCAAGCUUUCUGCCGACAUCAUGGACAGAUUGAGGAGACUGACCAAACGACAGCCAGUGAGAUUACGAGCAUCAAUCAAGUGAGCCUGUCGUUGUUUUAGCUUUUGUUUGGCAAUCUUGUCUUGUUGAUGAGGGUGUUUUUUUGAUGAGGGUGUUUUGUUGAUGAGGGUGUCUUGUUGACGAGGGUGUCUUGUUGAUGAGGGGUGUCUUGUUGACGAGGGUGUCUUGUUGAUGAGGGUGUCUUGUUGACGAGGGUGUCUUGUUCAUGAGGUUGUCUUGUUCAUGAAGGUGUCGUGUUGAUGAGGGUUUCUUGUCGAUGGGGGUGUUUUGCUGAUGAGGGUGUCUUGCUGAUGAGCGUGUCUUGUUCCUUCCAGUGUCUGACUUUGAAUGUCAUGUAUCUGUGCUACAUUGCCAAAAUAAAUGACAUUGCUAACCAUGUUACUUAAUGGGGAAUAAGCAGUUUUUUGUCCAAUUGCAAUAUUUUGUGCUGCAUGUUUUAAGUUGAACUAUGAAACAUUGUCAGGUUUUACAAAAUGAAGAAUAAAUCGUGAAAUGGAGAAGUUCUUUUAGCCUAAUUAAAUAAUGACCUGGUAAACAAAUUAAUGUCAUAGUAAAGAGUUUGUAUUUAAAUAUUAUUAUAAUUAAGUUGACACUUAUUAUAAGGAUGGUCUAAUUAAAUGAUAUUUUUGUUGUUCUGGGCCAUUUGUGUUUAGCGCACAACAAGAUUCCUGGGGAUUUGUCUUGUAGCCUACUGUGACCUUUCAUUUCAGAAUGUUUGCAUCAUUGAGAACUUAAUUAGUAUUUUAUUAUUAUACAUUGCAGACAGGCAUAAUUCCUAAAUUAUUUCUCUCAUCCCCCCCCCCCCAAAUAAAAUAAAAUAAAAAUAGCGUUUAAAAUCAUACAAAUUGAGAACCACUUGCUAAGAGCUGUGUCAGUGUUGGUAGGGUGGCUACAUAUAUAUUUUCUAUUGAACUUUGUUUACACACAACCAUUUUACCACUGACUAUCUGAUUAUGUUAUUUCACAGAAAUGCCAUAGCACUAGAAGUGAUAGAGGAGAGCAUCAUAUCAGCAGUGGCCAAACACCUAGGCCUGACAGAUUCACUCAGGGACCUGAGGACCGUGGUGGACAGGCAGGGAGAGGAGAUAGCUGCCCUCAUGGCCAUUUUGGAAGAAAGCUAUCGGCGAUUUGAAGUGCUGGUCCGACAGCUUCAGGUGGGGUGAAGAAAAUGCUAAUGUCUCCAAAGUACCAUGUCUAGACUUUGUAUGUGGUCAUAAUUUUUGGACAAAUACAUUAUGAAGUUAAUUCUAUUAAAAAAUGUAUCCUGGUAUUGAAAGGGGGUGUUUGUCUCCCUUAAUCGAUCUCAAUUGAGGGUUUACCCCUAUUGUCUCUUACAUUUCCCUGUGCCACUUUUAAUGCACUUGGGAGAAAUGCUUUUGAGAACAAAUAGCCUUGUGCAGGGUUUAGCAAACUAGGGUGCUCCACACCCACCCAACCUCGCCCACCCCAUGCGAGAUGGCAUUUCAGUAGGUGCUAGGAAAAGUGGAGACAAGAACAGAUGUUCUAUUAUCUGUAAAGUUUAAAUAUAAAUAUUUAUAGAUUUUUUAAUUGAUUUAUUAACAUUUUAAUUAUUGUAAUGAGUGAUAUAUUUAUUAAUUUCUAGUUUUCUUUGAAAUUCACAACAAAAAAAUUGUAACACCAUUUUAAAAAAAAUUUAACAUAUGUUGUUACUUUAUUAGGGGUGGGGAGAAAUUGUUUUAACAAUUUAUUGGGGGCUCUAAACAUCAAAAAAUUUAAAGGGUGUUCUAAAAGUCAAACAAUUAAAAGGGGGUUCUAAACUUGGGGCCAACAAUUUGUAGGGGUUGUGCAGAGUAUAGAGAAGUUUGGGAAACACUGGUCUAGUUGUACUGAAAACAUGUGUUACUAUCCAGUGGUUGCUUGCUGAACUGUGUGCCCUAGUUACUCCACAACACUGCAGUCCGCAAAUCUUCACAGUAGCAAUAGAUUGAGAAUCACAUUUCAAUACCUUUAUCCUACAGUUGAUGGGAGAACUUGAGAAGCACUGGGAGACAGAAGUUGAAGAGAGAGCAUUUGAAUCUACCCCCAGGGCAUCAGGUAGUGUUGACCCCGCUGUGCCGAGCCCCAUGGAGCCUCCAUUCUUUCAUGACUAUCAUCUACAAGAGGUAUGCACAAUCAUCGCCAUCUCUACAGGUUUGAUCAAUCAUAAGGGAAAUAAAUGAAAGGGUUAUCCUGUAAGGAAAAGGGAACAUGAAACAAGGUUUAGUUUUGAGAAUGAUAUCAUUUACAUUGAGAUGUCGGUUGCAGUUCUUUGUAACUGUUAAAAUCACUAUAAGAUCACAGUCUGUACAGAGUCAAAAUCACAGUGUGUGUAGAGUCAUACUGGAUGAUGAUAUAGUAGUUGUUAAAUUUUGAACUAGUUUUUCUUAUUUGAUGGGAUUGAUUUCAGUGUGGUUACUUUUGAGUUGUGAUGUGGUUACUUUUGAGUUGUGAUGUGUGAUGUGGUUUGUCUCACUUAACACACAUUUGAAUGUACACUUGUGUAACAUCUUAGUUGCAGCCAUGAUAAUUUUUUUUAAACAGCUCUAGACUUUUUUUUUUUUUUACUGCUCAUUGGAUUGUUUGCAAUAAUUGUAUGAUCACCUGGUGUUAGGUCCGCUACAAAGAGCUGACCAUCUUGUCUUUCCUGAAAGAGGUGACCUUGGAGCCCAGUGACAUGGAGACCACAAUAAAAAAUCUUCUGUAAGUCAUCAUUAAGGGAAAUGCCAUUUUGUAACAUUUGGAUCCAUCUGAACUGAAAGUUCUAAAAUAAGAACAUUCAUUUCUUUUUACUCAUUUCUCUGAGCUAAAACUAAGGGGAGACUCAUUGGUAAAUAUUAUAUGACAGUGAUAGUGUUGCUCCCACCACUCUUUAUUUUAAUAUAAAUUUAAAAAAUGAAAAUUGAUGUUAAUUUGAAGGAAUUGAGGACAAUUUGUCCAGUUAAAUGAAAUACUGUUAAUGGAGACUUGUCAAUGAACUAUUUUGUUUGACUACUUUUUACAAAAAUAUAGGGUAUACAGCUAUGACCUUAGGGGUCGUUGGCAAAUUACAUCAUGCUCAAGGGUGAGGGGGGGUCGAGAAUUUGUGACGUCACGAUUUUUUUGGUUUUUGUUUAAAAUCUAAAACCUUCUCAUUUUGAAAAAUCUUGAUUCAAUUAAUUUUGAAAACAUUAAUUUGAGGUCGAAAUAGAAAAAUGAUGCAAAAACUGUUGUGGCCAUUUUACAUUCGGUUUGAGGAUGAGUUUGUUGUUUUGCGUGGUCACAGUUUUCUACUAAUUUUAAAUCUGAAUCUCUAUGGGAAAAUGUUAAAGAAUAAAAUAAAAUAUUAGUUCAGUUAUGAAAAUUUUAUGUAUGUUUUGAUUUCUUUAGGUGUGACAUGACACGGGGAGUAGGGGGGGGUGUUUUAAAGAAUAUGUGACACUUUGUGAUGGAGGGAGUGGGGUGUAAAAAGGGUCAAUUUUUUGCAUGAGGUAAUUUGCUAACAGCCCCUUGAACAUUGAAUAAAAUAACCACCUAAAAAAUGUUAUGGUAUAAAUCCUUUAUCAAAUGUAAUCUUGGAUAAUGGGGGUGGGGUGGGGUGGGGCUGGACAUUGGACAAAACAUGCCUACAAGUAACGCAUUUUAUAGGAAUACCAAUGUGUCAUAAAUUAAUGGGGUUCGGGGGUGGUUCUGAAAAUCUGAUAGAAAUUGUUGUCAUCUUUAAGGAGUGUAUGUACUAAGUUUCAGCUGGAUGGUUUGAUGAGAAUUGGGUCACCUUAGUUGUCUGAAGGUCUUGCCAGCCACAACAAAAAGCCAAGUUAACAUAAAGGAUUUAACAAAUUGAGAUUUUUGUGUGUGUGUGUUUUUGAGAGUUGAACUUGUUAAAACUUUGAGUUUCUUUGUGGAAGGAGCUCUUCAUGCAAACCUGCUGGCCCCCACCAACCUUUAUUUUAACCUCAAAUCCACACAUAUUUUAAAAAUAAAACUUGCUUUGACCUCAGAGAAAAGUUUGAAGCUGAUGUCCAGGAAAUGAAGGACUCAGGAGUCAAGAAAACUGAAGAGCAAACAUUGCCUAAAACCAAGCAGGUCAUCUCUGGAAUCCUGUCUCGCCUGGAGCUCCUGCUGCAUGUCAACAGUGUCCCAGUGGAUGCUCAGUCAGCCCUCACACGCACCAUGUCCCACACACAGGGCUUUCAAGGUAGGGUCAGCCGUCACGCCAACCUUGUCCCACACUCAGAGCUUUCAAGGUAGGGUCAGCUCUCACACACACCAUGUUUCACACGCAGGGCUUUCAAGGUAGGGUCAGCCCUCACACACACCAUGUUUCACACGCAGGGCUUUCAAGGUAGAGUCAGCUCUCACACACACCAUGUUUCACACGCAGGGUUUUCAAGGUAGAGUCAGCUCUCACACACACCAUGUUUCACACGCAGGGCUUUCAAGGUAGGAUCAGCCCUCACACACACCAUGUUUCACACGCAGGGCUUUCAAGGUAGAGUCAGCUCUCACACACACCAUGUUUCACACGCAGGGCUUUCAAGGUAGGGUCAGCCCUCACACACACCAUGUUUCACACGCAGGGCUUUCAAGGUAGAGUCAGCCCUCACACACACCAUGUUUCACACGCAGGGCUUUCAAGGUAGAGUCAGCUCUCACACACACCAUGUUUCACACGCAGGGCUUUCAAGGUAGAGUCAGCUCUCACACACACCAUGUUUCACACGCAGGGCUUUCAGGGAAGGCCACCUCUGAUGAUCAUGCAAAGGAAACUCCUCACAGUCAGGGCAAUGCACAGGACAACUGAACACACAGAAGAUUGAGCACAUUUACAGUUUAAAAAAUGAUACAGUUGAUGCAUUUUUUGAGAGAAUAAUAGAAGCUAUAGUCAUUGUGUGUGUGCGUUUGUCAUGUGAGAAACAUACAUUAAUAUAGAAAGCGGUGUAAACAAUGUUGCAGUGGAGGAGUUAAACAAGAAAGAUAGAAACAAAUAUCACUCCUCUUUCUCUGCCCAUUAUUGACACCAAUUUGAAUGGUUAUGCCUACUAAUAUUCUAAUUUUUUGUCUACCAACAGAAGAUCUGAUGGUACGGUCUGACACAGAUGUGUCCCGACCCAUUCAAGGCUUUAGUCGCAGCAUGUCAGCCCCUGUCUGUAUAGAUCCUGAUGAAACCUUGUCAUUCAAACAUCAACGGUACAAUAAGAAUUGUCAUUUCUUAAACAUGUUUAGCAUUCUUGAUAUAGCCAUCUACUUUGCUUUUCACUCCAAGCCACAUAAACUUUUGAUAAUAAGCAAAUUAAAUGUUAAAAAUUUUAAAGUUUUUCUAACAAUAGAAACAGGAUUAUGUAAGUAGGUUCCCUCAAGAAACACUCUCUGUAGAAUGUUGAUUACAUUGGUAGCUGAAUUCAAAUCUUACUCUAGUUACUUUAGUUUCUAUAGAGCCAAGAUAAAUUAGAUCGCUGAUAACAAGAUUGAGUUGCUUUUAUUUUAAAAGAAAGGUCCAUCAGGUUCUGGGGCAAGUAAAGUUCCUAUUUGAACCUAAAACUUGAUCGAUUCAGUCGGUGCUAUAACAUAACAUUUAUUUAUAGAAUAACAUUCAAGAUUGUUAUCUUUAUAAUCUAAAUAAUUAUGACCAUAAAAAUUGCUCAAACAUUUAAAUACGUGAAUUAUAUUUAAACUACAGACGCCCCAUAAACAUUGACUUACAUUGGAUUGAAAUAAAAGCCACAGCUUAAAAGGAGGUUAAUAAUAAAUGUAGAAGUUCUCCAAUUAUUUGGUUUUGUUCCCCUGGACGUUGAUGUAUUGAAACAUUGAACUUUCCUGUGGCUGUCCUACAAUUAUUUGGUUUUGUUCCCCUGGACGUUGAUGUAUUGAAACAUUGAACUUUCCUGUGGCUGUCCUACAAUUAUUUGGUUUUGUUCCCCUGGACGUUGAUGUAUUGAAACAUUGAACUUUCCUGUGGCUGUCCUACAAUUAUUUGGUUUUGUUCCCCUGGAAGUUAAUGUAUUGAAACAUUGAACUUUCCUGUAGCUGGAGACAUGGAGAGAAACCCAGGCAUGCCAGCUGCAUUCUACAGGACCUUGUUGAUGAUGGGGAUGAAGACAAGCCGCCCCAUGUCAUUGUCAUAGAUCAGCUGUUUGCAUUCAUUGGCAAUGAUCCAGAGAAGGCUGUAAGUCACACCUACUGGUCAGCUAUAGAUAUUGCUGGUGUAUGUGGUCAUUGUCUAUCUCAUAUGUACUUUGUAAACUCCAGGGCCGAAGUAUGUCUUCUAGGUACUGCAGUUAGUUUUUUUUUUAAUAUAUAAAGAAAGGAAAAUGCAAAGGAAAACUUUUAAUUGUUUGGUGUUGUUAUUUUUGUGAGAUUUUCUUUCCCAUUAUUUCCAUUAUUUUGACUUUGCUUCUCUUUGUGUCAAACACAAUAAAAACUAAUCAGGCGUGUCUGCUAACCAAACUUGCACUACACCACUUGUGAUAAUUAAGUCUGCUUCACUACACCACUUGUACUAAUUAAGUCUGCUUCACUACACCACUUGUACUAAUUAAGGGUAAAAAAAAAUCAUCAAAAGAUUGAACACCUGCUUUUAAACACAUCCAAAUUUCUGGCUUGUUUAUUAUCAGGUGUCGUGUGUUCAGUUCCUGAAAGCAGCAGAGGAGAGGAGAAAGCGGGGGACCAUCCGUAAGACAGCUCUCAACCACAUAAAAGAUCUGCUGGCUGCUGCGUCACGUGUUGGGGGAGCCACCCAUCUGGUUGCUGCAGUUGCUUCAGUCUUGAGACAUGGACCAAAGUAAACUGGCAAAUCAUUCAUUUCAUUUAAAAACAAUUUCUGUCAUUGUUUUUGUUUAUUUGUAACUUCUUUUACAAAAUUUUCCUUCGCUGCGAUAAUGUUGUAACACAAAGCAGUUAUAUGCGAUAACAGUAUAAUUUAGAAUGAUUACAGUAAGUCAAUAACUAGGAGAGUGUAAACUAUAAGUAAAAGUAUUUUUGUAAUGGGAUUCACAGUUUCUGACAGUAUAAUAUAGAUUGAUUACCAUAAGUAAGUAACAAGGAGACUAAACUUUAAGUAAAAGUAUUUUUGUAUCCCUUUACUUACGUUUAGCAACGUAAGUGUAGGCGACAUGGGUUUAAUGACCCAUUUGCUGGCCUUGUCCGCAGGGCCCCCUGGCAGGUUCUUCACACAGAUAAAAAUGGGUCCCCAUAAGAUACUUCAUCACUUAUUGACUAAUCUGCCAAAGUCAUAAUUGAAUGUUGUUUAAGUUAGUAAUACAUAUCAAGAAUAAUUAAUUGCUCACAGUUAACUGUGAGUUUAUUACAAUAAGAACCAAUGGUAAGAGUUGACUUUUCUUGUUUUCUCCUCAAAUAGAGUGGAUGAUCUUCUCUGUGGAGGAAUGCUCAGUGAAGUGAGGGAAGCCUUCUCUGAGGCCAUGACUUCUGUGGUUCAGCUGGCGGCCCAUCAUCCUAUAGCCAGUGCCAGCAGUAUUGGAUUGCUCUGCACCAUUCCUUACACACGGUGAGUUGACUCCCCUGAACAGAUCAAGCUGCUAUUAAUUCUUCAUGUUGAUAUCUGUGUCUGUAAGGGAAUUAUUUUUUCAUAGAUUUUGUAUAUUUUUUGAAGUUCAAAUUUUUCUUUUUAAAAAAUGUCCAAAAAUAAGAUUUUGUUAUUUUAAAAUAUAUCUUUAUACAUCCUUUAUGGAUAACUAUCCAUGUUUAUGGAUAACUAGCCAUUGUUUGCUGUGGUCAAUAGAUUUUGAAACAACUUUGCAGUCCUACUUCUUAAAAAGAUCAAGUAGAAUUUUUUCUUAUGUCUGAAAUUUGCAUGUCUAAAAAGAACACAAAGUAUCAUAUUAACAUGUUGACGUAUGUUAAUGAACUCACGAAUAAAACAUCACAUGGCAAUUUGUAAAAAAAAUUACAUUUGUGAUAGCUUUCAAAAAUAUACUGAAAAGAUUUCAAAAUUAUUUUUUUUUAAAUGUCUAGUCUUAUUUGAAUAUAUAAUUUUAUUUCUAGGGCUGAGGAAAAGUGCCUGGUAAGGUCACACCUUGUCCAUCUCCUUGACAAGCUGUGUAGCCUUGGCAGCCACCGUGCUGAUGGACUUGGGGCUGAGACCCAGACACCCAGGCAGAAAGUCUCAGCACUGGCUUGGGCUGGUUUCCAGGUGCUGGCCUCUAGAUGUGUCAAGUGGGAAAAUGAAGAUGGUGAGUUUGCAAUCUUUACUCCAUUUACACUUUUAAAAUUACCUAUAAAAAUAUCAACAAACUUAACAAUGGUUUGAAUAAAUAUAAAGAGCUUGAAAAGUAUCACAUCCUCCGACAUGGGCACACACAAAAAAAUCAUCUUUUAAAGUAUCUUUUAUUUGUUUCUUGAAUAAAUUUCUUAUUUCAACUACAGUGGGCCAUGAAUUAGAACUUAAUCCGUUCCCGAAUCCCCUGUGAUUUCCAAUUCUAUGGAGUUCAAGGAUAAUCUUUUUCCCUUUUAAAUAAUAGAAACUGGAUUUAUCCAUUCUUUGGUCAUGAAAACUCGAUUUUCAAAAUGAUUUUAAUAGUAAAUACACAAGAUUUUAUAAUAAAAUAUUAACAAAUAAUUAUAUUUGAAUCAAAAUGUGAAUUAAUCCCCAUGAAAAAUAAAAAAAACCUGUACUGAAAUUUUACCAUUAAAAAGAAGUGAUGAUUUGGCAUGUGGAAACUACAAAAUAAACUAUCAAUUUUUUUAAAUAGUCAAAACAAUGAGUGUAUCUAAUGACUUGACUAAAAAUAUAUAAUUAAUCCAAAAUGGCACCAUGAUAAUAUUAAAAAAAAACCAAAAAACAUCUCUAUAGCUCUCCAUUUAAUCACAAAUAAUUGUUCUAUUGUUAAACCCGUGGUGUCAAAACAACAAAAGUGCAUAGUCAGUGACAAGUAAGCUUCACUGACAGAAGAGCUCUCUGUGAAAUCACAAAUAAUUGUUUAUGUUUGGACACCCAUAGCACAAAAUGAUUUUAAUUGCCCUGGUUUUUAAUUUGAAAAUUUGAAAAUAUCCUGUAUUUCUUUAUUUUGAAGUAACAAAUGGUUCCCUUAAAAACAGAUGAAAAAUGUGCUGGGCAUUUGGGUUCCAAAGAAGUGUUCAGGUUUUUGAGUGAACAUUUGGUGGAAAUCUUCAUUUGGAUUCCAAGUUAUAGGGCUGUCAGAUUCCAAGUUAUAGGGCUGUCAGAUUCCAAGUUAUAGGGCUGUCAGAUUCCAAGUUAUAGGGCUGUCAGAUUCCAAGGCCCCACUGUUUGCUUUUUUUAAAAAAAAGUUGUUAAUGAAGUUUAAUGCUUUUAAUAUAUUCAUAGAAAUAUAUGAGAAAUCAAUGAAUCUUGAACUGAAGAAAUAGUAUUGCUGCUGUGUUUUUUGGUUUAGAACAAAAGAAAUGUAGCAAAAGAGCUAAAUAAAGUUAACAGUAGUAUUGAGUUUUUUAAUAUUUAAAAAAAACAAAUGAAGUGUUUGUUCAUAAACAUCAAAAUUUCAACAAAAUUUGACCAUAUUGAUUUGAGGAGACUCCCUCUGGCUUAUAGACAACGCUAAUCAAUGUAAUGAUGUGUUCAGGGUCUCAAAUUGAGGAGUUGGAACAUUCAGGUCUUGCCAAGCAAGUGUCCACCUUACUGACCCAUCACCUGGCCAGAGCCACUGAAGGAAUAGGAAAUGCCAUGGCUGGCACAGAGGCCCUGCAGGAGGUGCUCAGUCUGCUCAACAAUUUAUCCAGGUGAGCUGUUGCUCUGUGUGAUGGCUGUUAUCAACCUGUGAUUUUCCACUGAGAAAAGAAAGACAAUUGAAGUCUUAGACAUGUUUUUAGAGAACUUUUACCAUAAGAUUUUAUUAUUCCCUAGAUCUAAUACUGUCAUGGCCUAGCAUAUGUUAUAAGCAAAGCAAAUGAAAAAAGCUCAAAAAGAAAAAUAAUUAUCUGUGCAUCUUGCUCAACAGUGGUUCUCCACCUGGGAGAAAGCUUUUGUUUUUAUUGACUUGAAAUCAGUGGAAGCACAAUCCUCAUCAGUAUAGUUAGCAGUUAAGCAGAGUCAGUCUCCCAUAAAACUACUGAUGGGAAAUAGCGGCUCAUUUUUAAAGUUUGAGAUUAAUGAUUAAAUCCAUGUUUCAGCACCUGCAUUUAUAGAAGUCGUUAAAAAAAACCAAAAAAAAACUUAUCUAUAUUAAAAAAAAAAUGUAAUUUAAAAAAAAAAAAUCCUCAAUUAGCUGACUAGGGAAUACAACGGUGAAUUAAUUAUAGGUUUAAAAUUCAAAGAUUAGUUGUUUGCCACUAUUGGAACAUAGAACACAGUAGAGAUGAAUUUGAAUAGUACUUUUUUGUUGUGUUGAUCGCUUGCCUUGUAUUACAGGAGCAAGAUGGGAAAAGCAAUUUUAAGCCAGCCAGCUUGUGUAUCCAAAUUGUUGUCUCUCUUGUUGGAUCAGAGGUAAACAUUAGGCGGAUGUCUUCCAUCAUUUAGUCUAAUCGUUUUCUUUAUUGGUUGUUUCAUGUACAGAUUUUUAAAAUGUAAGUUGUGUGAAUGGUUCAGCUUCGCUUAAAAAAGAUUUGUAUUCAUAAUUGCUAGGGGUUGAAAAGUGAGGGGGGGAAUCUUUAAAAAAAAAUUAGUUUGAAUUUGUUGAGGUUGGAAGAAAAAAAAAGGGGGGGUGGGGUUUGGGGGUGAGUGGUGUGUUGCAUUGAAUUGAGUCUAGGAUUUAGACAUUUUGAGAAUUGCAUUAGCCUUCGAUAUUUUCCAUUUGGAUUUCUAAACACCAAUCAACAUUUGUGCUCUGCCCAGGCCAUCUCCUAAACUAGUCCUGAUCAUCCUUCAACUGUGCCGAGUGUCCCUGCCAUUGAUGAACUGUGAGGAUUGCGAGGAGGUGGAGCUGCCCGCCUGGGGCCAGCAGCUGUACUCCAGCCAUUGGAGCACGGCUAAACCAGUGUCUGAUCCCCCAGCUAAGAUCAUUUGUCUGCUUUUGGCAAAACUCGGGGACUUCCUAGUGCCAGGUCAGACACGUUCUCAUAUCAGGGGGAAAAAAAAGACUUUGAACUCGUGAUUUUUUUUUUCAUUCACCUCCUCAACCUAAUUGAUGUCAUUCUUGUUUUUAUUUGUUUGACAUAAAAUAAUAAUAUGUUCCGUAUUUUGUGAUAAGUGUAGUUCAUCAUACAGCCUACUGAAACUGUUAGGUGAUCAAUCAAAUAAAAAAUAGCCAGUAUGAUCCCCCACUCAGUCGACUUUCAAUAAAUAUAUACUUGAUGGGGGUCUAGCUAUAGCAUUUGCUAGUGAAAAAUCACCCUUUUCAAAGGCACCCAAAAAGCUCCAAAUUCCCCGCACGGUUCAGAAACAUAACAUACACACUUCUUGGGUUAAACUAACAGGUGAUCAAUCAAUGUUAUAUUGAUACAUAUAUAUAUGUGUGUGUAAAACAUCAAUUGAACAGUUUUGUCUCAAUCGUUGUCUUCUGUUUCAAACGACCAGGGGAUCAAGUACUAUUGUCUAGCCGAUCCCCAUCCCAGGAGUCCUCUGCCACAGGCCGGUCAGCUAAAGGGGGCGACCCUGACAAACCAGAAGACAGCGACGUGCAGAGAGGGAAACUCUCCGUCUUUGUCCACAAGAGAGAAGACCAGAUGUCACAUGAUAUUAUCCAACCCCUGCUAAGGUAAGCAGGCGCCCAACUCAUUACUGAAUAUUAUUAUGUAUUUGAAAAGAUCAUGGUAUCAUUCUGUGAUUUUAGAGAGAGGUGUGUAUUUUAUGUGUAAAGGAAGAUUGUAUUCAACAAAGCUGAGAGAUUUGAGUCAGUGACAUAAUUCUUCAUCAUUAUAUGUGUGAUUAAAGUCUAUAGCGAAAAUAUUCAGUUUUUUUUUUUUCAAUGAUCAAUACAAAGUUGUCCUGGAAUCCUUAAAAAUGUCUGAAUUCUGAAGCAAUCAAAGUUUUAACAUGAGAGAAACAGAAGCAGCUGUCACCAUCAAAAACAAAUUAGCUGACAAUAAAAAUUAAGAAACUGUUUUAAAUUAGGUCAGAAAAUGUUACAAGGCUGUAGAAAUUGUUCUUUCAAGCCAGAACAUUUGACUUGAAAAGUUAUGGGGAAAAAAAAACAACUAAAGUUUUUCAACUCUUGAUACUCCACUUAAAAUGUUCUAUUAUUUUCUGAUCCAAUGUACAUAAUUAAUAUUGUAUUUUACAACCAGGGCCAGCGCUAGGGGAUUUGUGCGGGGCCCCGUGUGUUGCCGUAGUAUAUUUAUAAAAUACCUAAGCCUACUAAUAGUUCCUAAUCCAGUCAACAUAAUAUUCGGAGUUAUUAGAUUGUCAAAUGAUCUGAAGGUCAGUCUGGCUCCCAUACUGUCCCUUGGUCAGUCUGGCUCCCAUACUGUCCCUUGGUCAGUCUGGCUCCCAUACUGUCCCUUCAAUGGCUCAUUAAGCUUCGUGUUUUGGUUAUUUGUUUUUGACAACCUUGUUAUUGGUAACAAUGGAGCCGCGAUGAGUACUUUGGACCAGGGCCACUAACUGUUAUAAGAGAAAAAUAGAAAUUUUGGAAACAAGCGAGUGAACAAAUAUCCAUUAUGACGCGUCAGCAAUGACGCCAGUAUGACUAUAACGUGUCUUAAUAUCCUAUAAGCGGAAUAUAUAACGUCAAGGCCCCGCAAAAUUCAAUUUUCCCAAGCCCCGCACCCUCCUAGCGCCGGCCCUGUUUACAACCAUCUACUUGUAUACUUCCAUUGCUAUUGCUACCCUAUCAAACUAUAUUUGUGUAAUGUCCUCAUUUUGAAACUUGCUCUGUAUUUGACAGCUGUGAGAACAGACCGUUUCGUCUGUGUGGCAAUGCCAACAUGGACAAGGUGAUGCGUCUGGACAGGGAAAUAGCCAAGGUAGGAUAUCCUCUUAUCCCAUAAUCGGCUGGGGUUCAGGGCAAAGUUGACAGACACCAUGGGAAACUUCUGAUACUAAUUUUUUUUUUGGGGGGGGGGGGGGGGGGGGGUAACUUUUGAUUGAUUCAGUUUUGGCAGAGUUUCAGUUCUGUACUUUCAGUGUGUCCUAUGAUAAAAGAGGUUAAAACCAUUGCUCUAAAGUUUACAAUAUUUUUAAAAUAUUUGAAAUAUUUUUUUGCUGUCUUUUUUAAAUGCUUUAUUUAUUGUCUGCUGUCAUCUUGUUACCACUAGAAUGGUAAGGCUGAACUGACCACAGAAGAUGCUGUCAGCGCAUUCAAGAAGGCCUACAAGUGGGCCCAGAUGGGGCUGGUCAUCUCCACAGCACCGCCCACAGACACCAACUCCACUGAAAACAACAACAGCACCGACAAGAAGAAAACAGUCUCGGAAGUGAUCUGCAAGGACAAAAACUCAGAGCUUGCCAGGUAAGUUUUUGUGUUCUUAGAUUCAUCUCGCCAAAACAGCAGUUCUCAACAUUUCUACUGCCACCACCCCUCCUUGAAGACAAUUGCCAAGUUGUUGCCAUCCACAACCAAGGUUAUUUUAAAUUUGAGAAAUGCUUGUUGAGAAUUCAAUGGGAUGGUAUAGACUAAUUGUUGUAGUCACUAACCUGAGAAUUCAAUGGGAUGGUAUAGACUAAUUGUUGUAGCCACUAACCUGAGAAUUCAAUGGGAUGGUAUAGACUAAUUUUUGUAGCCACUAAUCUGAGAAUUCAAUGGGAUGGUAUAGACUAAUUUUUGUAGCCACUAAUCUGAGCAUUCAAUGGGAUGGUAUAGACUAAUUUUUGUAGCCACUAACCUGAGAAUUCAAUGGGAUGGUAUAGACUAAUUUUUGUAGCCACUAACCUGAGAAUUCAAUGGGAUGGUAUAGACUAAUUUUUGUAGCCACUAACCUGAGAAUUCAAUGGGAUGGUAUAGACUAAUUUUUGUAGCCACUAACCUGAGAAUUCAAUGGGAUGGUAUAGACUAAUUUUUGUAGCCACUAACCUGAGAAUUCAAUGGGAUGGUAUAGACUAAUUUUUGUAGCCACUAACCUGAGAAUUCAAUGGGAUGGUAUAGACUAAUUGAUACAGAUAUAGAUAGAUUUUUUACAAGAAGCUUCACAUUAAUGAUGUUCUCAAAGAACCCCUGGCAUACGUCAGGUGACAGGUAUAUCGUGAACAACUGCUUUAAAAACAACACAGUGAUGAUAUCCAUGAAAGCAGAGAUUAUCAUGAGAGCAAACACUGUCAUUGGAGUCAGGACAUAGAUCAAAUCCUGAAAAAGACAUAUCUGAAAUCAAUGACUCACAUGUCACAACCGUUGAACUGAAAUGGGAACAAAUAGACCUGACAUUUUAAAGCUUGAGGCAGUAUAAACAGAGUGUACCAUCAAAAUAAAAUGCUGAUAUCUCACAGACACUUGAUGAUACAGGAAAACAAUGGAAAAAAAUUUAUAAAAAGAAAAAACAUGUACUGUUUUUUUCAAGCCCUUUCUCUUGACCUAGGCUUAAUGUCAAAUAUAAUCUCUGGAUUUGGUACUGUUUACUGUAAGGUAUUAGAAACUGUGAAGAAAAGAGAGGAAAACAAGGCCACGAGAAUGAACUUUUUUAAAAUUUCAAUUUGCAGACUCAUCUUUUUUUGCUAAAAUCUUGACUUAUAAACUUUUUAAUUAGCUUAGUUCUUAAGGCAUGAAUGGAUUAAAUCGUAAGGGGGGGGGGGGGAUUAUACCAAGUUUUUAAAUAUUUUCCAUGGUUAGAAAUAAUAAUGCAACAUUCCUAUCCAUGGUAUUAUAAACUUUUUAAUUAGCUUAGUUCUUAAGGCAUGAAUGGAUUAAAUCGUAAGGGGGAGGGGGGGAUUAUACCAAGUUUUUCAAUAUUUUCCAUGGUUAGAAAUAAUAAUGCAACAUUCCUAUCCAUGGUCGCAGCAGUUGUUAUUAUGCAAUCACAAUUUUGUCUGUUUCAGAACUGACCCAGUCCGAGCUUUCAUCAGUGGCCAUGUGGCCAAUGCCAUGGCAGCUGAAGUGAUAGCCCUCCUUCACAACCUGCUCUCAGCUCAGACCAGCUCUGCUGCCAACACUUGGUCACAGGCAGUUCAAAGGGUGGGUGACCAUCUCUGUAUUAAACUUUGGGGUGUUAUGAUGAACUUAUGAGCUGAGAAUAGAGAUUGGGUGUUCUAGUGGUUCAUGGACCCCCCAGGGGGUUGCUGCAGUCACCAGAUUUAAGACCAUCAUUUUAAAACCACCGGUUGAGUGGCUUUUUUAGUUCUGUAUUCUGACCCGACCCCUAUUGGUAUACAAUUAUAUUUAAUAGAUAUUAGUUUAGUUAAUUGGCACUUUAUAAUUGCCUCUGCAUGGGCAUGGAACAUAGGCUGCCGUCUAAGACAGAGAUAAAAUGAUGAGUGAGAUAAGUAUAAAGUCAUGUCUCAUUAUGACAUUCUGAAGUAGUUUUGGACAUAAAAAAAAAAUGUCCAGGCUUCACAGAAAAGAACCCUGUAGGAUGAAAAGGGAUGUCUAAUAAAUGUGAUAAAAUACCCGACUUAGGGGGACUUUGUGGUGUUUAGUUUUAGUUAGUUAUUCUGGGCUUCUAGAAUUUUACUUGUCAUUGAACAGGACUAAAAUGUCUGAUAAUGAGCAUUGCUAAGAUGUUUGAUCUACUGUGAUCACAUUGAACUCUCUCAUGUCAGGUGUUGGCCAAUGCUCUGUCAGGUCUGCCUGUCCUCCUGGGGUCACUUGAUGGACUCUCAACACCCCGCUCGCCCCGCAGCCAGUCCAACAACCAACUGAUGUCACUUGCCAAACAGGCCAACGCCGCUCUCUGCGCCAUUGGGGGUUUCCAGGAAACUCUCAAACCCGGCUGUGAAGUCAAGGUGGGUCAAAGUAAUUGUGUAACAAAUGGUUUGUUGCAAACGCCACCAUUCCUGGACAGCAAUGUUCUUCACUCUCAGCUAACAAACCUCAAUCCCAUAUGUAUGAUUUCAUUUUAACAAAGUAGGAAAUUGUGAUUUCAUGUAUUGUUAUAUCCUUACUGUAAUAACAAACUUGUCUCUAUCCUUCAAUAUGAGUCACAUGCCUGGUGUCAUAGGCUUUGAAAAACCUGCACACACUGAAAUCUUGACAUUGACCUCAUUCACUUUUUUAGAUCACUGGUGAGUGUAUUAGAGGCAGUCACGGGACAGUAGUCAGUGUGUCCGAACAGAAUGAUGUCAUAACUGUGCAGCUGACCAAUGACAGCAGUGCAGACAGUGGCAUGCCAGUACCAACUUAUAGUGACACGGUCAAGGUGCCAUUAGCCAGAGUGCAGCCCAUCAGAAAUGAGGUGAGUUUAUGACGCUGAUUAGUAAUAAAGUCAAGCAUGGAUAUACAAUCAUAAGAGCAAUGGCAUGGGGAUCAAGAAACAAUGUGGGGCGGGUUGAGGUUGUUAUAGUUACCACAUAACUGUUGGGUGAAUGAAGUGAGGUUUUCAUAGUUACCACAUAACUGUUUGGUGAAUGGAGUGAGGUUUUCAUAGUUACCACAUAACUGUUUGGUGAAUGAAGUGAGGUUUUCAUAGUUACCACAUAACUGUUUGGUGAAUGAAGUGAGGUUUUCAUAGUUACCACAUAACUGUUUGGUGAAUGAAGUGAGGUUUUCAUAGUUACCACAUAACUGUUUGGUGAAUGGAGUGAGGUUUUCAUAGUUACCACAUAACUGUUUGGUGAAUGAAGUGAGGUUUUCAUAGUUACCACAUAACUGUUUGGUGAAUGAAGUGAGGUUUUCAUAGUUACCACAUAACUGUUUGGUGAAUGAAGUGAGGUUUUCAUAGUUACCACAUAACUGUUUGGUGAAUGGAGUGAGGUUUUCAUAGUUACCACAUAACUGUUUGGUGAAUGAAGUGAGGUUUUCAUAGUUACCACAUAACUGUUUGGUGAAUGGAGUGAGGUUUUCAUAGUUACCACAUAACUGUUUGGUGAAUGAAGUAGCAAUUUAUUUCUAUUUCCCCAUAUAUGCAUAUAUAGCACAUUACCUUGACUUUAAGGCGCAUAGUUCCGUCAAGAGGUGAGUCUGUCUCUGCAUUGUAAUGUUUUAUCUGUGGACCUGCUUUUUUCAGCUGUUCAACAAAUAUCAAUCACAAAUGAGCGAGACCGUCCUUUCGGCUGUCCAGGCCGUCAUCCUCCCCGCUGAUGAGGCCACGUCACCCCUCACGCAGCCCCUGCAUUCUGCCGGUGACGGGAACACGAUGGCCAAUCAGAUUUGUCGUGUUGUUGCCGAGAUCCGAACCCGCACAUCGAUGGUGCUGGCCCAUAGUCUCCAAGAUAUUGAGUUUGCUAAGAAGUUUAUUGAACACUGUGGCUAUUCCAUAGACAUGCUCAAGUCUCUUGCCAAAGAUUGUCAUACAGGUGAGUAUCAACUUAAACUACUCAGUUUUACUAGUUGGAUUCAGAAAGUUUCUAUUACAGACAUUUGUAUGAGUGGGAUCCCACUGUAGCUUUGUCAUAUUAAAGUAUUCCCUGCCAUCAUUUAAUAGUUUAUAUAACUGUUACAAAAAUGAUAAGGCAAUUUUAAUUAUAUUAAUUAACACUUUAUUCAAAUAAAUAUGUUCAAAUAUGCAAUCUUUCUGGUCAUAGUUGAGAUAGACACCAUAAUAAAUUUUCAAAACAUGAAUUAUUUUUUUUAAUCCCUUCUUGCAUAAUGAAAUGGUCAAGAUGCCAGUCUAUUAAGUUUUGAAAAAGUAUGCCAAGUAUGUGGUAUAUUUGAAACAAGUAAUCCAUGGUUAAAUGAAACAUUAGAGACGAGUAAUCCAUGGUUAAAUGAAACAUUUGAGACAAGUAAUCCAUGGUUAAAUGAAACAUUUGAGACAAGUAAUCCAUGGUUAAAUGAAGCAAGUUUUCCUUAUAGCCAUGAUGAAAUAAUACAUAAAAGCAGUAAAACUCAUAUUUGUGUGCUAGGGCCAUAAUGAUUUGCAUACCGGGAAACAUGAAUAGCUACACUUUAGAAAAGUCAAGAAUAUAAACCCUAUUUGAGUCUUAGAUUUAAACAAGCGUUUAACUAGCUUUAGUUUCUCUGGUUGCACCUAUGGGCAAGGUGUGGCUUGUUGCACCUAUGGGCAAGGUGUGGCUUGUUGCACCUAUGGGCAAGGUGUGGCUUGUUGCACCUAUGGGCAAGGUGUGGUUGGGAACUUUCAUCGCAUGGUCAGGAAAGUCUAUGGUUAGUUUUUUAAUGAAGCAUUUAUGGUGUGUUGCCAUCAAAUAGAAACGUGUUGAGGCAGCAGUGAAAGAAACGUAUCAAUGAACCCAUCUUCAGAUUACAUGAACAUAAACAUAGUUCAGAAUUCAUGGAGGGGGUUGGUGGUAAACACCCAAGGAUACAUACAGCUAAAGUGUUGAUGAAAUCAUUAUUUUUAAGCCUAAUCUUUUUUUCAAAGGCUGACCAAUUUUAAAAAUAACUUUGGUACUGUCACAAAAAAGUAGUAUAUUCCAGGGAUAAUUUUUUUGCAGCAUGCCUAUUUGUUGAAAUACAGACUCCCUAAAUCUAUUACACACAGACAGCUCAUGCUGUUUCUGUAAAAGGGGGGGGGGGUGGAAUAGUGAGGAACACACAUGAUGAGUAAACUAUUCAAACUAUUCAGUCGAAAGCUUCAAGGCUGCCCUGGCAUCAGCUAGGAGCUGUUAAACUAGCAACAUCAUUCCCCCAACCGUUGCACAGAUGCCAGUAUAUGGAUGCAACAACCAACACUACCCCAACCAUUGCACAGAUGCCAGUAUAUGGAUGCAGCAACCAACACUACCCCAAGCGUUGCACAGAUGCCAGUACAUGGAUGCAACAACCAACACUACCCCAACCGUUGCACAGAUGCCAGUAUAUGGAUGCAACAACCAACACUACCCCAACCGUUGCACAGAUGCCAGUAUAUGGAUGCAGUAACCAACACUACCCCAACCGUUGCACAGAUGCCAGUAUAUGGAUGCAACAACCAACACUACCCCAAGCGUUGCACAGAUGCCAGUAUAUGGAUGCAACAACCAACACUACCCCAAGCGUUGCACAGAUGCCAGUAUAUGGAUGCAGUAACCAACACUACCCCAAGCGUUGCACAGAUGCCAGUAUAUGGAUGCAACAACCAACACUACCCCAAGCGUUGCACAGGUGCCAGUAUAUGGAUGCAACAACCAACACUACCCCAACCGUUGCACAGAUGCCAGUAUAUGGAUGCAACAACCAACACUACCAGAACCAGAGAAAUGUCUAUGUUAUAGACACCAAUGGGGGGAAAAAACACACAGGGUGUGUGUUUACAAAAAGAAGGGGGUGGGUGGGGUGGUGAGUAUUAUACCGUUGCAACCUCCAGGAACAGGUUGUUUCAAUGAGGAGCAGCCUCCAAGGAGAUUGUUACUGUAGUAUGUAGAACACAGCCUCCAAGGAGAUUGUUACUGUAGUAUGUAGAACACAGCCUCCAAGGAGAUUGUUACUGUAGUAUGUAGAACACAGCCUCCGAGGAGAUUGUUACUGUAGUAUGUAGAACACAGCCUCCGAGGAGAUUGUUACUGUAGUAUGUAGAACACAGCCUCCGAGGAGAUUGUUACUGUAGUAUGUAGAACACAGCCUCCAAGGAGAUUGUUACUGUAGUAUGUAGAACACAGCCUCCGAGGAGAUUGUUACUGUAGUAUGUAGAACACAGCCUCGGAGGAGAUUGUUACUAUACUAUGUACAACACAGACUCCAAGGAGAUUGUUACUAUAGUAUGUAGAACACAGACUCCAAGGAGAUUGUUACUAUAGUAUGUAGAACACAGACUCCAAGGAGAUUGUUACUGUAGUAUGUAGAACACAGACUCCAAGAGAUUGUUCCUGUAGUAUGUAGAACACCCAUUCUUAGAAUUAACCUAGAUCAUUUCUUCUGUCCACAGGAAGUAGACUACCCGUGGUGGAGUCCCACUGCCAAAGGUUGCGGAUGUUGUAUAGAGACUGUGCCAAGCCACCCCCACCACCAUGUCGAACCGAUAUCAGACCGGUAAGAGCAGUUGAUUUCACCUUUUUAAAUGUUAAUAAAUAAAAAAACUGUCGUUGAAGCUUGUUCCUUUAAAACAGUUUUUUUCUUUAAGUUAUAAAGUUUUCCUAAGAGCAGGGCUUGUUAAAUGUUACAUCAAUGGUCAUCAAACUUCCGACACUAUUGGGGCCAGAAAAUACGCAUAUCUUAUUUGUAGAGCAACAAUGCCCCAGGAAAUUACAAUUCAAUUAUGAAAAAAAAAUUAUAUAAAAAAAAUUCCAAUUGACCAUUUUUAACCAACAUACCUGUAUUAGUACGUCAAUGGGAAGUGAUGGGCUGGUGUUGGUUAAAUAGAUAUUCAAUGUCCGAUUCCGUAUUUGUCACUGCUAAUGUGCUAUUAUGACACACAGGCUAUAUUUUGAGAACCUGUGGUUUACAUCAUUGUAGACACACACCCCCCUUUCCCCCUCCCCAAACACACACUCCUUUCUGUUUGAAAUUUUGGCUUUCAGUGCUUUGUAUUGUUACUGUAGUAUGUAGAACACAGCCUCGGAGGAGGCCUAUUCAACACUGUAAGUGCUAAAUCUGUCAGGUACUGAUUCAACCACUUAAUGGCUGAAUCUGACCACUCAACACACAGUUUACACGUUGUAAUAUUGAAACCGGAAAUCUCAGGAUGUCAAUGACAAUCUCAUGACAAACGUGACCAAGGGAGAGCGAUGCAGCUUUUUACAUUUAUAUUUUGUAUUAAUCCGAAGAAGAGUAUUUAUUAUUUCAAUAGCAGAUAUUUUUAUUUGAUUGUUAUGAUCGUGACUAAUCAUGUAUUUAUUUGUUAAGGGACUUUUAAGAGAAAACACACCAAAAGCAUUGGGUCAUAAUGUUGUACAUCACAUAUAGCAACCAAUGACGAAUGCACACUUAUUUCAUAUAAAUAUUCUGUUAAAUAGAUUUGAUUACUAAAAAAUGUCUAAACCUAACUGGGGGUAAGGGUGGAGUUGGUCCCGUUUGGCUGGGUUUUCAAAUGAUAAAAUUUGUGAUCGCCCAGAAUUGAAUGGCUCGAAAGAUACUGAAAAUAUAUUCAAAUUUCCUAGUGAAAAUAUAUUCAAAUUUCCUAGUGAAAAUAUAUUCAAAUUUCCUAGUGAAAAUAUAUUCAAAUUUCCUAGUGAAAAUAUAUUCAAAUUUCCUAGUGAAAAUAUAUUCAAAUUUCCUAGUGAAAAUAUAUUCAAAUUUCCUAGUGAAAAUAUAUUCAAAUUUUCUAGUGAAAAUAUAUUCAAAUUUUCUAGUGAAAAUAUAUUCAAAUUUCCUAGUGAAAAUAUAUUUAAAUUUUCUUUGUACCAACUACUGACCUAACACUAAACCUAUCCAUAGACUUCAAACAGUUGUUCCUCACCAUUCUUAGAACUUUGACCAUUCUUAGAACUUGUGCCAUUCUUAGAACUUGUGCAGUUGAAGCAAAUUGGAAAUACGUUUUACUCACUCCCUUUGUUAGAAAUGUAUUGAAUGAAAAUCUCUUGUUCAUUAGUCAUUUUAUUGUUACAAUCUAAUCACUGACAAAAAAUGUAAAAAAACGAAUUGUUUAAAAUACACAGAAUCAUUAAUUUGGUUGAUGAAGAUGAACACGAUUUUUGUCAAAAACAAAUACCUCAUGUGGAUAAGAAAUGAAAAUUAGAAUCUAUCAUUGAAUAGUUCAUUCAAUUAAGAAAGCUGUUAAAAAAUAAUUAAAGUGUUCACAAAAGUGAUCAAAAAAAAAAAAAAUUUGUGAUAAAAUUUAUACUUUAGACUCACACACGCUGGUGAAGACCUUUUUAACAGCAGCACGAAACUCCUUGUUCAUGAAGAAGUACACAAAAAAAUUAGUCAUGGAAUUCAUAGGCCCCAAUAUCAGGAAAAUUGCAAACACUUGCUCCGGAAUGUAGUAAUAUGGUUCCAGUGAUAUGCAGAUCAUGGCCGGGGUGGAGGUCACGAAGAAGAAUCCAAACACAAUCAUGAAAAACUUGAUGCUCUUCAUCAUCCCAGCCCUUCCCUCAUCACUCUGUCCAUUAUGGUCAGUAUUGCUGGAUUUGAAGCUUUUGGUGACCCACGUCACUGCAGCGAUGGCGCGUCUCUGUCUGUAUGACAGAACGGCAAUCUUUAAGUAAGCCACACAUGUCACGGCAAGCGAGAGGUAAGUCAUUGUAGAGGCAACAUGGACCUUGUAGACUGUGGGCAAAAUGCGGAUGAUGCAGGCAUUGUACUGGGUCUCUGAGUUCUGCAUCAUUAGAGGAAUGCUGCACAGAAUGCCAAUGGCGACCCAUAUGACGGCAAGGACUUUGUAAAUGAACUUUCUCUCCACACGACGCUGGUAGAAGAAUGGAUGUGCAAUGUACGUGUACCUGUCGAUGGCUAUGCUUGACAUGUGCAGGAAUGAACCGAUUAUUAAUCCCACACUGCCACCCCCUGUCAGUGGAUACAGAAACUGUGCUGGCCAUUUCGUGUUCCAGCCCAAUCCGAGGACGCCAAUGCUGCCGGCGACAAACCCAACGAGGAUGUCUAUUAUGCACAGGGACAUGAUGAAUAUGUUUGGGUUUGUGUGGAGGGAAGCCGUGCGCCAUAUUGCGAAGAUCAUGAGAAAGUUUUCCAGAAUAAUGCAAGAGCCGACACCAGUGAUGAUAAUGUUGAAAAAUACAGGAGCAAUGCAGUCGCUGUUGGAGUUGGUGGUGUUUGAACUUUGAUUCAUGUCUUGAGAUACAGAUAUCUAGUGAACUCAACAGCGAUGGGGUCAUUAGACUGGUCUAAUAAAUGUUACACUCUCCAAUGACUUCUAUUCGGUUAAUAAUGUUCAGAAGAUUACUAAUACAAGUUAUUCCUCUUAUUUGUAUAUUUAGAAAUAUAAGUUGACUCCUAUUAAUGAUAGUCACAGAUAAAAUGUUUCUUUGAUCUAUGACUACAUGUUAACCACCACAAAUGAUAUAUAAAGAUGGUUGCUCUCACCUAGAACUGUGCCCACAUAUACACGUUUAACAGCUGUAGUGCGGCAUGUCAGAGUUUCAAAAUGAUAUGCCUGUUGGCACUACAGCUUUAGGCAGGCAAUUUGUUUUUUAGGGCUCUACUGCAAACUGCAAUUAGUUAUUUACUUUAAAAAUAAUCCCACAGACACACACAUUCUUUGAAAAUGUGUUAGAAGCUCCACUCAAAUGUUCACUAUCUAAUUACAGCACUAAUGGUGGUCUUACAUUCAUCAGGAAAAAUGCUGUGAUCUUAAACUGAAUAAAAAUGGCAAUGGAGUCAGUGUUCAUGCAUUAAGAUCCUACUGUCAAAUCCUAUUAGUGUUCAUCAAAGGAAAUUGAUUAAUUACAUUUUUUUUUAAAAUAAAAAAAUUACCCAACUUUUAAAAGAAAGGCUUUGAGCUUUGGAGGACGUGCAUUGUGAGAAGUGGUCUUGUUUUAGCGUGAGUGGGAAAAUAAAUGGCUUUUUAGCAAGUGCUUUUAUCAGCUGCAAUGACUUCAUUUGCUACAAUGGUUGUUUUUAAAAAAUACAUUUUUUUUUUUUACAAUUCCAUUAGCUUCAAGUUCCUGGUAUUAAUAUUGAUCCUUCUGUGUUAGAGAAUUGUGUACAGACAUAAAGCCCCUUUCCAUUAUCUCACAAUACAUGAUAUCAGGCACUUUUAUGGAUUAUUAUUUUGUGAAUACACUUUUCUAAAUGUUGAUUCUCUUUGUUUGUUUUUAUUUUUUUUCCAGACACUUGUGUUAUUUUUGUCCAAACACUUGUUUUUGGUGUAUUCCGCUGGUCAAAAUGUGUUUGUGUGAUCUUGUUCCUUCCUCAAUGGAAAUAUGAAUUAUAUUUUGUAAUAUUUUUAAUUACAUUUUAAUUUUGUCUUAUCUCAUCUUUCAGUCAAAAGAGAUGAUUUGGGAUGUUGCCCGUCCCUUUCCCCCCACCCGAGCUUGUCUUUUCUCUCAUGGUAUGACGGCCGUCAUGUUUCUUGGAGAUCCAAGUGCCGGUGUUGGCCUGCCCAGGGGCACCAUGGUCUAUGCCAACCAGCCCAUUCCUAAAGAGGUAACAAAACUUUAAUUUAUAUAUGAGAAAGAGAAGCAAUAUUGUAUAAUUCAACCUUGCCUGAUUUUUUGCUAAGUGGUCAUGUUUAGUAGAAUUAUCUUUCACCACCAGCUGGGUUUGCUGUCUUUAAUUUGAACUGGUCAUGAUGAGUGGACCCCCGGUUUUUAAAAAAAUAAAAACUUUACUGUUAUAUUCUUUCAAUUGAUAAAAGAUAAAAUUUGACAUAAUUUAUCUUUUAUUUAUAGUUUUUGUAUUGUGUCUUUUAUGUGUCUUAUGCUUAUAUAUUUUAUAUUAUUUUGAUUAUGAAAGGAAUGUAUGCACACAGUUUAGCGAGACGAGUAUUUUAUUGACAUCUCAACAAGUCCAUUUAUAUUAUACCCCAGAAAACCUCUAGAAUAAGAAUAUAUUAUAAGCUGCAUUCGGUUACAAGUUAUAAUGAUGUAGUUUUUUCAAAAGUUACUUAGUUUUCAAGUCUUUUUUUUUUUUAAACAUUAUUUUUAAAAAAUCAAAGGCAAUAUGUACAUGGAUUUGUUGACAUGCCCGCUUAACCCUGUAGACCAUGAUUUAUUAAAAUGGCAGUUGCACCCCUCUGUAUCACAGUUUGUUCACUUGCAGGCUCCGUCAUUUUAUUGGGAACUGGAGAUUUCUUCAUUUGGUGACUCUCACGAUGAGAGUGGUGCUGUUGUCUCAUUUGGAUUUGCUCCCCCUGCUGAGAAGAAAGAUGCUGCAUGGACCAACCCUGUCGGCACCUGCUUGUUUCUCAAGUAAAUAUGAGCACACCCCAUUGUGUGUAUUUUAUUGAUUAGGUUGGAGUUCUGCAAUCUAUGCAUUGGUUUUUGUUUCUCAAAUAAAUAUGAACACGGUGUAAUGGGAACAACAACCAAAUGUGGGCUGUGAACCUGCAAAGUGUCCAAUGGAUUGUUGGUACAUGAUGAAAUCAUCUGUUGGAAACUGAACACAAUUUUAAACUAGAAAAUAAUGUUACGUGUUUGACCUAAUAAAUGUCUCAUUAUUAUGUAUAGCUAGCAGUAUGGGUGGAAUGGAGGAGGAUAGUUCACAUGUGAUCUGUGGCGUCCCAAUGGUCUAAGGACUAAGGGACAUGAUGAGGAUGAUGGGUGGUAAGCAAAUGAUGAACUUGUCUUGUCUCCUCAGCACCGGUAAGGCUGUUCACUACAACGGCGCCAGUCUGCUGCAGUGGCGGAGCGUCAGGCUAGAUGUCACCGUCAGUGCAGGGGAUGUGGCUGGCAUUGGCUGGGAGAGAACCGGAGACUCACAGGACAAUGCCCAGACACCUAAAGGUGAUCAUCUGCCCAUUCAUAGAUGCCAACAAUGUAGAGUUGUCUCCCAUUCUCAUUCAUUCAUUGAGACCAAAAAAUAGAGGUGUCUUCAAGUCUCUAUUUCAUACCUAAAGUGGAGUUGGCUUCCAUUUUAUGUUUGCAUGUUUGACGACCAUCUGAAAUUUCUACGGGAUAUGUCUCACUCCACCAUUAAAUAAAUAAACCAACACUUGGAGGAAUUUUCCUGCUUUUUUAUUUGUGAAAUAUUUUCCACUAACUUUAUGAACAUCCUUAAAACAAUCAAAAUACUUUAGUGGUUUAGAGUAAACUAUUACCCAAUAAAUAUUGUCCAAAAACUUUAUAAACAUCCUUCAACUAUCUAAGUACUUUAGUUGUUUAAAGUAAACUAUUACCAAAUAAAUAUUGUCCACUAACUUUAUGAACAUCCUUCCACUAUCAAAAUACUUUAGUAGUUUAAAGUAAACUAUUACCAAAUAAAUAUUGUCUUUCCUAUACAGGUCAAGUUUAUUUCACCUACAAUGGCAAACGCCUCAAUGCAUCGUUAGACAAUGUCUCUGGAGCCAUGUACCCAGUUGUACACAUACAAAAAAAGGUAGUAUACCCUAAUAAGACAUUGAUAUGUGCAUGUAUCUUCCAAAAGUAAUUAGAUGAAGGUAGAUCCCUUCUGAUCUAAUUGAUUCAACUAUCCACUGAUAAUCCCUCAAAAAACUAACGAGUUGACAGAGUAACAAAAUCUUCUUUCAAAUACAAGAUAAAUAAAGUCUUCCUUGUUUUUCCCCUUCAGAAUUGUCGCAUGAAGGCCAAUUUUGGUUCAAGGCCUUUUGCUUAUGCUGAAGGUCAACAGCAUAGAGAGGCGGCAGAGGCGGCAAACGAUGUCCUUAGAGACAUCAGGGAAUCAUUUGGUCACCUCCCUUUUCACACGGCCUCGGACAGCGAGAGUGACAGCACAGAGCCGCCGGUGCAGGCAUCCACACAAGAGUCCACCCGAGACAGCAGGACACCACCCAAAGCACCUUGCAAGGUUGCUGAGCCACCACCCACAUUGAAAGGUACACUUGUUAGCUAAAAAAAAUAUUAUUUUGUCAUGAAAAAAUGUACGCCACUGACAUUGUUAAUGCUUACGCCACUGACAUUGUUAAUGCUUACGCCACUGACAUUGUUAAUGCUGUGACAUUUGUAACACCAAUUAAAAUAAUUGUUUAAUCAUCUUGAAAAAUAUUUAGUUACAACUUCGAAGCUGGGCUCCACUUAUUUUGAUAUAUAUUAAAGAAUAAAAGUUUGUGAUAAGAACCUACAUUAAAACUCAUUGUGAGGAAUAUACAGCUUAGGAAAUCAAGGCAUCUGAAUAGGGCAUUGAAUGUCAGGGCUUGGGACAUCAAGGAAUAGAACAUCUGGGCAUGGGAAAUAAGGUAAUUUGAUUUCAGGGUAUGAGAGAUCAGGGGAAAGGGCAUAGGACAUCAAUUUUACAUUCAUAUUUAAACAAUUUUUAUUGUUAUAAAAGUAAACUUUUUUAUCUUACACUCAGAGUACCAGAUUGAUGCCAGUGUGAAUUACAAACUGUUGCCUUGCUAUGACAAUUUUGUUGUCACCGGACCAGACACCAUGUUUGUUCGGCCAAGUGAAGAAGAUUCAGAGGACGAGGCCAUGGUGGAAGAGUCCGCCUUGGAGGAUCACUACGCUCUGCUGGUCAAAGCCUGGGAACAGAAGGUAUUUCCUGUCAUCAGGAGGAGGUUUCGCAAUGAGGCCGAGAGGAAAGACGGACUGGAACAGAUCAGAGGAGCCUUGCAGCUGGGUCAGUUUUUAAGCUUACGUAUUGUAUUUACCUGAGGCUUGACUUGCUCUGUCAGGCUUGCAUUUAAAUUGUCUACAGAAAAGAAAUUUGAAGAUCAUUGUGAAAUAAUCCCUGGAGCAUGGCCACAUGGUAGACAGCAUUCUUUAAACAAGUUUCAUUUCUUGUUCAUCUUUAGACAGUAACUUGUGCUAUUUCUUCCCCUCCCCUUCAUUGAUUAUUUACAUUUCACAUCAGUGUUGUCUAGCUGUGCCGAGUGGGCUUAUUGCUUGGUCUUAAAUUUAGUUUACAAAUCCAUGGCAAACAGGUCUUGAGAACUUAAAACCAUAUUUGUUCUUAUAGUGUGUUAACAAGAAAUAGUAGGAGAAAAAUGGGGAGAAAAAAACAAUAAUAUUUGAAAAAUACAUAUGUAGUACAAGUAAUUUAAAGUGACUUACAUUUUAGUAUACAUAACUGGCACUAAACAUGGGGGAUAAACCUGGGUAACUCAUGUUUUACAGGUCAUGUAAAGCAGGACAAACAUUCAUUAAACAUGGGGGAUAAAUCUGGAUUAAGCAAGUUAUUCAUCAGUAUGACAAACAUACUAGUACUAGCAAUAAACAUAUUUUUCUUAACUAACAAGCCUUAAUCAUUUUAGAUAAUAAAUUUGAACAAUAAUGAUGAUUAAUCAUGCUAAUAGUAGACCCUCUCAUGAGUGUCAAAAGGGCCAAUUAAAUAAUCCUUUUUAAUGUAUAAUUGUUAGAGAAGUUAUGUUGUGGGGUUGAGCUAUUAUGAGAGGUACACAGUUGUGCACCAAGGCCCUGGGGUACUCGAUGAUUGAGUUAACCUACAUUUUAGAUACUUGUCUAUUACAAUUACAAUGUAGCACACACAGUGUCUAUCUUGGACUUAACCACAUGGCAGUAUAAUUACUAUAAUGAUAUAACUGUUGGGAUUAUACAAGGGCAAACACCAGGUCUGUGUAAGACUCAGCCUAUGACUGUAUGUCCAACUUGAGCACUAUAAAGUAUUAUCUCUUGUUGGUUACUGUUAUACACCUGCAGAGUUACCUGCUGGUCACAUGACAACCAAGAAGUUAUGGUCCAGUGCAUAGCUUUGUGCUACUUUUAAAUCCAGUGGGUGUGUACAUGCAAUAGUUUAAACCUGGGGUUCACCCACAGCUGAUACCGUGACAUUCAGAGUGUUUGUUACAUUACGACUGUUAAUUGGCACCUUGCAGCAGUUAUUUUACUUACCAAAUCUCCCCUCAGGUAUGACAGACAUAGCCAGGCAGACCGUUGAGUUCCUCUAUGAAGAGAACGGUGGGAUUCCGCGAGACCUGCAGCUUCCCACCAUAGAUGAUAUCAAAGAAGACCUGGCCAAGUUCACCAUCGACCGUGUCAAGAAGGGCACCACCGUGGUCAUACGCACCCCCAGUGGGAUCAGCGCCUACGCCACCACUCAGCUGCCCAAGUUUGCAGUGCGUAGCAUGCUCAAGACAUUUGGCCUUACUGGAACUGUGCUUGAUGUUGACACCGUAAGUGUGCUGAGAUAUGUGACUCUGGACAUUCGUGGCGGGGGUGGGGUGUGUGUGUAUUAUAUGAGCCUUCAGUGCCAUAACCUGGAGUGGGUCAAGGGAGUAUCAUUCAUUUUUAAGUCAUAUGAACUGCAUUUGGGCUGGGUGAAUGUGAUCUUGGAUUUAAGAGAGUGAUUUUGUUACUAAAAGUUCACGUUACAUUUUUAUAUGUUAACUAUUUUUAUAUUUAUUACCUAUAGGCCAAAGCAUAUUUUUUAUAAUGCCAGAUUUAAAUUGAUUCAUUUUACGUAACAAUAAAACAAAAAAAAAUAUCAUGAUCCAUGCUGUUAAGAAUCCCAUUUAGAAAUUUGAUUUGUAUCUUGCACAGCUAUUGAACACAAAUUUAAAUGCUGGUUAGUGCACUUCUGGGGAAUUGUCUUUUUCAUCCUAUUUAAUACAGCAUUACAGUCAUACAUACUGGCUGUGUUGCUUAUGGUUGAAAUGGCUAGAAAGACUUUGCCAUUGUAUGCUUGUACUUAGUUUUUGUCGUGUUGCGUUUGUUUUAAAUGUGGUAAACUAUAGAUUUGUUUUUUUUUUGACUUUGUACCGCGCUUCGAGCCUUUGGGGAUGAAGCGUGUUUUUGAAAUGAACUUUAUUAUUAUUAUUAUUAUUAUACAUACACAUAUAGGUAUAUAAUAAUAAUAAUAAUAAUAAUAAUAGUAAGACAUCUUUUAUAGCGCGGUACCCCAGCCUAGGGCUGGGCUCACCGCGCUGUACAUAGAAAUUUUAUCAAAAGAGACAUAAUCAUGACAUUAAAAUAAAAUACAUUUAUGAAAAAAAGAACAGCAAUGUAUAUUCACCCACCCCACCACAUAACUUUUACAAGGCAAACCAUGGACGGCAGCCAGCAAGAUCAUUUAUCUGUCAGAGGAGGGGAAUAACUACCCAAAACAAAUGACUAUUCCAUUACUAAUACUAUCUUUCCCCUCCUACUGCGCCGCCUAAUAUACUAUUGUAUAUUUGUGAUAUUUUUAGCGACAACUGUUUACAAAAUUUACAAACUUUUUUUGACAUCUAGCCUUGAUCUAGAUUUUUGAGUCAAUAUAGGAGUUAUCCAGGGAAUAUUAGAGUUAUCCAGAGAAUAUUAGAGUUAUCCAGUGAUCAUUCGAGUUGCACAGAGAACCUAAACCUAUUAUUUCACUGACUUUUGAUGGAUUUGAUGGCAUAACUGGAUUUAAUUUUGAUCUCCUGACCUUAACCAAAAAGGAUAAUUUGCACAAACUCCACAGACCUCUGGUAGAUUUAGGUCGAUGUCUAUUUUUAGAAGGGUGCCUGAGGCAGAUACAAGAUGCCAAUGUUGAUUAAGUGCUGGAUAAAGAUUUUUUUAAAACUUUACGUUUAGGCAAAUGAGCUGGUUCAAGUAGAGACCUACCUGAGAAGUGAAGGAGUUUUGGUUCGAUUCUGGUAUCCCUUGCUUAUGUUGGAGAAACCUGCCCAAGGCAUGAGAAAAGCCUCCAUCACAGGAGGACAGACCAUGGACACAUCAAAUAUAUUUAUACAUAGGUACUUUCAGAUAGGUUAUUCUCUAUCCAUCUAUACUAAUGCAUUUUAUAACCUAAAAAAAAAAAAUCAUACCAAACAUUUGAUGAAGCAAUCUAAAUUGUGAGGGGAAAGUCACUUUGCUUAAAUCGACAAUGUCAUUUCAAGUGUAAAGUUAAAAGACAAAAGCUUGAGAUUGGUUUAUAGAAUACACAAAAUGAGUAGAUGCUUGUCAAGUAGAAUUUACUUUUUUUAUUUGUAAAACCUAAUGAUUUAAUAAAAUAGUUUUAAAAAAAAAAAAAGAAUUUAAAAUAAAUAAUUUAGUGACAUUUGUUUUAUUUUGAUAUUGUUUUCUCUCUCCGUCUAGAGAACUGUUGUCUAGUGAGUCAUCCCUGGCCCGCAUAUAUCUACGUACAGCCUUCUUACGCCUCACAGACCACUGUAACUCUCCAGCCAUGGAGGUGACCACCUGUUCUGCCAGCCUUGGCUCCGGCAUGGCAGCGUGUGCUGCUACUCUACAGGUACACUAUUGGACAGGGUGACAUUUUCCAUCUUCCUGGUCUACAGCUCAAUUUUUCAACGGCUGACGGGUGCCGAUGGGAUAUGGAUUACGUCUAGCAUAUACUUUAAUUGCUAUACAUAAUAAAUAGUCUGGUUUUUUUAAUCUGUAUUUUUCCAAUUCGUACAAUGUUGAAAGGCUUUAAAGAGAAGCUCCUGCUUCUUUAACACAUCCUGGUCUAAUAUGUAAGCCAACAUUUUAAAAUAUCAUGGCCUAUUUGAACUGCAGGCCUAAACAAGACCUAAACUUUCUCACACAAGACUUUAUUUAAAGAUUGGUCGGGGGUUGGUGUGUUCUAGAGCAAUGGUGAUCUGUGGACUGGCACCGGUCCGCGAUCUUAUAUUGCUAAUGGCCAACGCUAAGGGUGUGCGGGACCAUGGGCAAAUUGAAUUUUGUGGGGCCGUUGACAUUAAAAUAUACCCAACUGAUAGGAUAUUAAGAAAUGUGAUAGUCAUACUGGGUCUUGCUGGUCCUAAUGGACAAAUCCUACAGGGUAUUACUAAUACUCUUGGGUUCGGAAUUUUAAAAUUAUUUUUAUAAUGUAGCUUUUGAUUCUAUAUGAGCAAGAUCAUGCUUUGGUUUGGCUAAGCACAAAGUUGUUUUUAUAAUGUAGCUUUUGAUUCUAUAUGAGCAAGAUCAUGCUUUGGUUUGGCUAAGCACAAAGUUGUUUUUAUAAUGUAGCUUUUGAUUCUAUAUGAGCAAGAUCAUGCUUUGGUUUAGCUAAGCACAAAGUUGUUUUUAUAAUGUAGCUUUUGAUUCUAUAUGAGCAAGAUCAUGCUUUGGUUUUGCUAAGCACAAAGUUGUUUUUAUAAUGUAGCUUUUGAUUCUAUAUGAGCAAGAUCAUGCUUUGGUUUUGCUAAGCACAAAGUUGUUUUUAUAAUGUAGCUUUUGAUUCUAUAUGAGCAAGAUUAUGCUUUGGUUUUGCUAAGCACAAAGUUGUCUUUAUAAUGUAGCUUUUGAUUCUAUAUCAGCAAGAUUAUGCUUUGGUUUUGCUAAGCACAAAGUUGUUUUUAUAAUGUAGCUUUUGAUUCUAUAUGAGCAAGAUUAUGCUUUGGUUUUGCUAAGCACAAGGUUGUUUUUAUAAUGUAGCUUUUGAUUCUAUAUGAGCAAGAUUAUGCUUUGGUUUUGCUAAGCACAAAGUUGUUUUUAUAAUGUAGCUUUUGAUUCUAUAUGAGCAAGAUUAUGCUUUGGUUUUGCUAAGCACAAAGUUGUUUUUAUAAUGUAGCUUUUGAUUCUAUAUGAGCAAGAUCAUGCUUUGGUUUUGCUAAGCACAAAGUUGUUUUUGUAAUGUAGCUUUUGAUUCUAUAUGAGCAAGAUCAUGCUUUGGUUUUGCUAAGCACAAAGUUGUUUUUAUAAUGUAGCUUUUGAUUCUAUAUGAGCAAGAUCAUGCUUUGGUUUUGCUAAGCACAAAGUUGUUUUUAUAAUGUAGCUUUUGAUUCUAUAUAAGCAAGAUUAUGCUUUGGUUUUGCUAAGCACAAAGUUGUUUUGAUAAUGUAGCUUUUGAUUCUAUAUGAGCAAGAUGCAUAGUGCAAAAUUAAUAUUACUUUUCAGACAGUUAUCGGGCAGUUAAUUCGUAAUAAAAAGAACAGACUGAUGGGCACUUAAAGAAAGUAUCAACUGUAGGCCUAAGCAAUAUCAUGAAAUAACUACUUAUUGUUUUGUUAUGAGCUGACAGAUCGGCACUUAAAGAAUGUAUCAAAUGUAGGCCUAAACAUUAUCAUGAAAUAACUACUUAUUGUUUUGUUAUGAGCUGACAGAUCGGCACUUUAAGAAUGUAUCAACUGUAGGCCUUAACAUUAUCAUGAAAUAACUACUUAUUGUUUUGUUUGGCGCUGGCAGGAACUGGACCUGGAGAACAUUCAACUUUUGUCAGAGCACCUUCUGGCAGCACCCUUCACCACCGGCACCCUGGAGGCCACAUCCCCGUUCCAGAUCUCGCAGCUGUCCCAGUUGUUGCUGACCCCUCUGGUCUCGCUGACCAGCCUGGUCUACCGGAAUGACUUGAGGCUCAAGCGAGAGCUUGCUGUGGCCAUUGCCAGGGCGUCCAACCAGGGGGAGGACUACCUCAUUGAACUGACCAAUCAGCUUUGUAUGUGUCUGCAGGUAAAAAGCAAACCUAUCUUUGAUGGCAAGCAGAAAUAAAACAUUUGUUCAAUAAGUGUGUAAAAAGAUUUCAAUGCAGUUGUUGAAGCUAAAAAGAAGAUUCUAAUUUUUUCAGAGUUAUUAGAAUUAGGUACGGAUUAGGUAGAACUGUUGACAGAUAAAGUACAGAUUAGGUAGACUAGUUAACAGAUAUGUACAGAUUAGGUAGACUAGUAAAAAGAUAAGUACAGAUUAGGUCAGACUAUGAAGACUUGUUGACAGAUGAGGUACAGAUUAGUUAGACCUGUCGACAGAUCAGGUACAGAUAAGCUAGUUAACAUUUGUUGUUGCUGUUUGGUUUUCCUCCCAGACUGCUCCAGAGAUGUUCCCUUAUGUUAACUUUGUGGUCAAUGAGAACAAGAUCGGUACUGAUGUCCACUUCCCUGGGGCGGCCUGUGUCCUCGUGGCCUGUAUCAAGAACUCGGACACUGGCAACAAAGAGUAAAUGAGUUGUCUUUGCUUUGAUAAGUUUCUGUGAUGAUGACCUAGAUGAAACACAUUUUGAUCUAGAGAACAUUCUCUGUUUUUUUUUAUUAUAUUAAUAAAACACAGUGCUUUCCAAAGGACAUUUAUAUUGGCUGGAAAAGUGUAGAAGUAGAGUGCAGGAAAAUACUUUUUUCCCAAUUUGAAACCUAGUCGUAAAAAUAAGUUUUCAGGCGCUGACAGCUCAAUUUUAGUUUUGUUUUGUGUAUAGCAAAGAAAUAUUGGUACGUUGAAGCAAGUCUUUGAAAUAUCCAGCAUUCUCUUCACAAACAUUACCAGCUUUCUCUUCACAAACAUUACCAGCUUUCUCUUCACAAACAUUACCAGCUUUCUCUUCACAAACAUUACCAGCUUUCUCUUCACAAACAUUACCAGCUUUCUCUUCACAAACAUUACCAGCUUUCUCUUCACAAAUAUUACCAGCUUUCUCUUCACAAACAUUACCAGCUUUCUCUUCACAAACAUUACCAGCUUUCUCUUCACAAACAUUACCAGCUUUCUCUUCACAAACAUUUCCAGCUAUUCACAAACAUUUUCAAAAUAUGUUUUUUGCUGCAGGAAUCCACCAUACAGAGCUCCGUGGGCUAGAAUCAGCACCUACACUGGCAAACGAAUUAAGAAGUGUGGCCAGGUCACCCGACAGGAAGUUGUCUGCUAUCCUCGUGACGUCCACUGUCAAACAAACACUAAUGACCAGUAUGCUGCAGCCAUUAUUCCAGGAGAUCGUGUUUAUGUGAAGAUUGGGGUCUCCCCUCCUCCCGGGGCCACCGUCACCCUCCAUGCCCUCCCCCCUCAGUUCUUACUUGCUGUUGCCUACAUGGAAACCCUUGUCACAGAAACUUUUGGUUGUGGGACUCAGGCUUGUGGGAUCAGGUCCGAAAAGGUUGGUGCGCAGCGAGAUUGCAGCCUCAACUCUGAGCUGAGCGUUUCAAGUGGCUCCUCGGCCACUUCCUUGUCAAUGAAUGUUGAACUUCCUGACACAAACCCGAGUCUGUGGAGCUUGGAAAACAUCAAUAUAACACCACCUGUGUUCCUUCAUAUGAUCGAGUUCUUGUGUGGUUUCCUGUGGAAGACGGAUGUGCCGGCCUUGAUGAAAGAGUAUAUGCUUCACCUCCUGGCACAGACCCUCAGGAUUCUCCACUACAGUGAAGGGAGUGAGGGAAGCAGGUUGACCAAGCUAAGUCUGAGGCUAAGUCCUACACAAGGCAUGCUGAACUACUUGCCCAGAGAGCUGAAGAAACUCUACGAUCUUGAGGUCAAGAGCCUGCCAGAGAUGACAACCAAUGCCGGCCAGGGUAUAGGUCUGGGCGUCACCGACACGGGCAGGUGGUCGACAUACCUACACGCACUGAUGGAGGUGUGUCUGGCCAUAUCGGAAGUCAUCCCUUGUGAGAUAUAUCCGAGCAAGCAGGCAGCAGACCAUGCUGCUGAAGAAUCAGGGGCUGGCACCAGCUCGGUGUCACACGGACUGAAGGUGAUCAGCAAGAAAAAGAAGCUGAAACCCAAGCAAGAUAGGACGGUGGCCUCCAUCCGCAGGUCCAGUGUAGACCAAAGAGGGGGGACGGACAGCUCAGAGAACGUGGAUCCUUCUCUCAGCCCCAGCAAUGUACAUUUAUCCCACUCCCUGGAUGCCCAGCCUACACCAGCGUCUGGCAUCCCGGUAGUGACAUCACCCCCUGUGAAAGCUUCCAGCAACUCGAGCAUCUGCAGCGUGUCUGUUGCCUCGUCCUCCUCAUCAGUCAAAGUUGAUGAUGUGGCCUGGUUUCCAGCUGCGGCUUCUACUUCAAAAAUACUGCGCUACUUGGCUCUGAAAGAGCCGCAUUGCUUGGAGGAUGUGAAUGAGGCUGUCAAGAUGGCUGCUCAGUCUCUGGUCAUGCCCACAGCUCAUUCAAGACUCUUGGUCAUCACAGGUAUACCCACUUACCUGGAUCUGACCACCGUUAAGAAAUCUAUUCGUAAAGUCUGUAAUAGUUACGGAGGGCUGGACCACGAUGAGAUCUACGUACCCACCCCGGGGGAUCUGAGCGCACAAGUGACCAGAACAGCAGCGCAGGAUUCAACUGUGCUGUCACUCUCCUCAGCCGCCGGGGCCGACCCCGGCUCUGUGCUCAGUGAAGGCGGCCAGCAGGACAGUAAGCUCGAGUCCUCCAUCUCCCAGCCCACCACACCCACGACACCAACCCCGGAGCCUAAGAAAAAAUCCAGACUCAUUGAAGGCUAUGCUGUGAUAAGCCUGCCUUCAAAAACUAAGAUAGACUUGGUCAAAAAAUCUUUCCUCAAAUCAAAAUGGCUGAACCUUGGGCUUGGUGAAGAGGCGGCUGCCAACCUUGAAGCGCCUGAUGAGAAUUUAAAUGUUCAGACGGUUACCCCAGCUUUACUCACUGAGCCAGAGGCUAAUUCUGCUUUGGAGAGUUACCUUCUCUUUAAACUCUCUGGCAAAAUGGGUGGUCAGACUUUAGGACCCGUGGCUAGUCAGAUACUGACAGAGAUUUUCUACAGCAGUUACUUUGUGGACCAGCAGCAGGAUUCUGGGGACAUCUGUCUGUGCAAGGAGCAGAUUCUCAACACAGCCGGUGAAAACCUGCUGGCACCAUUCUUUAAUGCAGUGAGACCCAGCAAGAAACUCCUGGCUGAUGCUGUGACCGGGGUGUUGAGACAAUAUGGAGUGGUCAAGUCUAGAGACAAGGAAACGUAAGCCUUUAUGUUGGUGUCUUGUUGAUCAGACAUUGAACCCAUGGCGGUUAAGCUCUAGCUUAGAGAGAGCCUUGUUGUGUGUUAAGACUGUAGACAUAGCUUGAAGUUUUCAACAAAUGACAUGAAACUUUACACUUUUUAAAAUGAGACAUGAUAUCUAACAGCUGUUCAAAUCCCCUUAUCAAAAUUGUGUAGCAAACAAGCAAAUAUCCCAAGUAUUAAUAUUGUGUAGCAAACAAGCAAAUAUCCCAAGUAACAUUAAUAUUGUCACAUGAACAGGCAAAUAUCCUAAGUAACAUCAAUAUUGUGUAGUAAAAAGGCAAAUAUCCUAAGUAACAUCAAUAUUGUGUAGUAAACAGGCCAAUAUCCUAGGUAACGAAUGGUAUUUCAAUGCUCAGGCAAGACCAUCAUUAAAUCAAAUUAAAUCUUGUAGGUCUUCUGUUUCUGCCAUGCCCAAUAAUUUAAACAUGUGCACUAGUUUAUGCAUAGCAAUUAACACACUAGUUUGUACAUAGCAUAGAGCUAGACUUUAAAGAAUAUGAAUUUUGAUUGGAAAAAAUAACAAUUCUCUUUCUUUGGAUCAAUAAAAGUAUCUUAGCUAUUUUUGUACACAUAAGGGUUGUACUGCAGUUAUUUUGUUCACAUUAAGUUUUGUGUUUGAAAUGUCUCUGAGACAGUGCAACUCAUUCAGUUGUAAAUUCUAAUUGUUUUCACACUCUCUAUUUAUCUGUGUCGUAUUAUAUAGUUGCAUGUUCCUAUAUUUUUUCAUAGAUUAUUUCUGACCGCUUUAGGAUGACACAUUCAAUAUUUUUCUAGCACUCCUUCUGCAUUAAUUUGGAUUUUUUGUGUUGUUUUAUGUGUAUACAGCUUUACAUGAAGUCAGUCGUGCCUGCAGGUCUGUGGUUGGGCCAAACCACGAUUUUGAAUUGUAAUACAGAUCAUUUUUAUGUAUAUGAAACCAGUGAUGCCCCAGCUCUGUGCCAAGCUACAAUUUUGAAUUGUAAUCAAGAUUAUUUUUAUUGUAAUCACAUAUGACAUGAUAAAACUUGAGGCAUAUACCGGUACUACAAUGGCAAUGUAGAAUAUAAACCUUAGGGAACAUAUCUCAAUUUUCAUUCCCUUAGCCUGCAGCCAUGUUGCUGUUUAUUGAUGCUGUGGACAGACACACCCUCAGUAAACUUACUAAAACUAACAGUUGAUACAAAAGGGACUUUACUGUCUGUUUAAAAGGGCUUAAGAAGUUUAAGCAUUAUCAGAGUCAAUAUGACCAAGCUUAACAAUUGAUGAAAAUAGAUGUGUUUUUACUAAGUAACAAUUACUAAAGACAAUUCCUUAAAAAAGAACUGCAACUCUUUCAGGUCACCUGUUGCCACAGACAAGAGCAGCAAGGGAAAGACAACUAAAAAACCAGUCAGCAGAUCCCAGAAGGAGAAACAAGCCCUCUGCAUGGAGAAGGAAAAGGAGGAGAAGUUAGUUUUCUUUUGCACUUGGUUAAAAAAAUAUGUCAUUUACAAAAUCUUUGUGCAGCUCAUUUAACUUUUAGGAACCAGUGCUCAGGAUACAGGGCAUAACUUGAAUGUCAGAAAUUCCUAGAAGGAGUUAGAUGUGAGAGGCAGUGGUGGAUUUAUGAUGAACCCUGUAUAUGCCCCCCUCAUCCCAUAGGUGUAGCCUAAAUUUUAAAAAGUAAAUAAAAUAAUACGAUUUGAAAGAGUUGGAGAAUGUUAGAGAAGAUUGCAAAAGACCAGAAGAUGUGGAAAGAUAUUGUAAAGGCCUAUGCUCUAAUGGGAGUUAAAUAAGGCAAAGAAGAAGUAAUACCAAAAACCUGAUAUUUUUGCUAUCAGUGGCUAUCUUUCAUUGCUUAAGUCACUUUUAGUUUGAUAAUACUUAAUGAGAGACAAUACCUUUAAAAGGUCCCAUUUUAAAAUAUUAAGUUUGCAGAGAAAUAUUUACUGACAAACUAAUUUCUAUGGAAGGGGUUGGGGGUAUUAGAUAAAGAGGACUGUAAAAGAAAGAUGGUGUGAACAACUCUUAAUGUGACCUACUUAAGCUCAGCAGCUGGUGUGUUGUGACAGGUUUACAGGUGUGUUGUGACAUGGUUACAGGUGUGUUGUGACAGGUUUACGGGUGUGUUGUGACAGGUUUACAAGUGUGUUGUGACAGGUUUACAGGUGUGUUGUGACAGGUUUACAAGUGUGUUGUGACAGGUUUACAGGUGUGUUGUGACAGGUUUACGGGUGUGUUGUGACAGGUUUACAAGUGUGUUGUGACAGGUUUACAGGUGUGUUGUGACAGGUUUACAAGUGUGUUGUGACAGGUUUACAGGUGUGUUGUGACAGGUUUACAGGUGUGUUGUGACAUGUUUACAGGUGUGUUGUGACAGGUUUACAGGUGUGUUGUGACAGGUUUACGGGUGUGUUGUGACAGGUUUUCAGGUGUGUUGUGACAUGUUUACAGGUGUGUUGUGACAGGUUUACAGGUGUGUUGUGACAGGUUUACAAGUGUGUUGUGACAGGUUUACAGGUGUGUUGUGACAGGUUUACCAGUGUGUUGUGACAGGUUUACAGGUUUGUUGUGACAGGUUUACAGAUGUGUUGUGGCAGGUUUACGGGUGUGUUGUGACAGGUUUACGGGUGUGUUUGACAGGUUUACAGGUGUGUUGCAAGAUUUAGCAAUAAAGUUAUACAAAUAAUUGUAAAUGCUUUGAAAGCCUCUGUUCUACAGCCUUAUUUUAACAAGAUGUGUUUCUAUGUUCAGAUCUCAGUCAACCGAUAAAGAGAAACUGAGUGCAGCCGGCAAGGAGGAUAGUGAGAAAACUGAGAAGUCACCCAAGGAGAAGGAAGGAGCCACUGCUGAUGUAGCACUAAAGGAGUCCAAGGUCAGGAGUCAGGUCAUGGUCUCUUUGUGCACUAUUUUGGGCAGUUAAUAGUUUUUUGGUGCUCAGUAAUGUAUGAAUUCAUUGUUAACAUUGUUGCCAGCCCAAGCUCACUUGUGACUCUCCAUUAUAACACUUACUUGACAGGAGCUUAGCUUUGCAGGGAGCACAGGAAAGAUAUAUUUUGUAGAAACAUUUUAGUAACAUACUUUGCUCCUUUUUUUUAAGUAGGAAAAAAUAUUUUCUCUCCUCAAUUACAUGAUUUUAUGUAAUGCUUUUGUUGAAUAUUUUCCUCUGAACUUUGAACCCUAUUCAACAUGACUGAUGUUUAGUUAGCCUGUACAGAAGCCUAUAUCCUGGUUCUUAUUUUAACGUGGGAAUGCCCAUGCAAAAUGUGAAAUAAAGAUAAGUUUAUUUUCGUACUUAACUUUGAGGCAAUAAACCUGGCAUUUCAGAGCGCCACCAAAUGCGAAGGUCGUCUCCUGACACUGAGCAGCUUCAUGCAGUACUGUGAAGAUUUGAUCAAACAGGACUUGCGGGCAUUAUGGAAAGGUCUCUUUGCUUGUGGUCUUGACCUUCAUCUUGAAAGGUAGGUACCAAAGGAUUUGAGACCACCAUUGCCACCAGUAGAAACGGCCAGGGCAGAACAUCAACAGAUUCUAAUGGAAAGAGCAAAUUAAAUAAAUAUAAAAUUUAAAAAAAAAAAAAAAUUUAAUGGGUUUCUAUAAUAAUUUUUUUCUUUCUUAACUGAUGUUAGAGUAACUUAUACUUUGUCAAGAUGCAGGAACAAAAGCCAAAUAAAUUGGUCACAAGACAAAAAAUAAAUGUUUGUUUAGUUGUGCUUUCAUGUAAAGUGUCAAUAGUUGAUGAGGGGAAAAAUGUUGACCCUGAAAGCACAAUAUGACAAACCAGCACAUACUUAAGAACAGAGACCUGUUUCACAGACCACUGAUUGGGUGCCCCCCCCCCCCAGUAUUCUGCAGUGAAUAUUGAAGAUGUUGACUUGGCUCUCAAACUUUCUUCCCCUCCCAGAUGUUCAUUCCCAGAUGUGACAUCGGCCAAUGAGCUGAUGACUGAGUGGACCAUUGAGAAAGAUGGCGCCCUGGUUAUGUAUAUUAAUGAACUUUGCUCUCAGCUUUCCAUCUCAUCCGCACGGCUUCACCCUCAUGAAGUCCGCAUCAUUGAUGCCCAUUUGACCAAUGAAAGAUAUUCCUGUCUGCAAGGUGAGUCCGCAUCAUUGAUGCCCAUUUGACCAAUGAAAGAUAUUCCUGUCUGCAAGGUGAGUCUGCAUCCUUGAUGCCCAUUUGACCAAUGAAAGAUAUUCCUGUCUGCAAGGUGAGUCCGCAUCAUUGAUGCCCAUUUGACCAAUGAAAGAUAUUCCUGUCUGCAAGGUGAGUCCGCAUCCUUGAUGCCCAUUCCCCCCAAUUGUCUUUGGUUCUCUUUUAAUAUCCUUUUCUGAACAUAAAGUAAAAUUGCAGUUGUUUCUCUCCUGCUAUUCUUAGCUAUUUCAUACAUCUAGAUUGUAAAGAUACAAUUAUGAGUUACAAUGAAAUGAAGAAAAAAGGUUGUUCAAGACAAUUGACUCAUGGAAUAUUUCAUUGACUAUUUUUAAAAGAUGCUAAUCGGUUGUUGUUGUUUUGGUCUCAGUCAUAAGACGACUAGAGAAGGGUAUUGUCUCAUCAGGAUCAUUGACCUAACAUUUGUUAAAAUGGAACAAUUGAUUGAUCCUCCUGAAAUGCCAAUCUCCUAUUCCUAUCAGGUUUGUCAGUAGAGAGCACACGUUUAAGGUUCGCCUUCCUGCAAGAUCUGAACAACUCCUUGGAAACUUCUUUCCUACCGCUGAUUGACCUAAGGCCUGCUAAUGUAUACAGUCGAAGUACAGCCUGCGUCUUGUCCCAGCUCAGGUCAAUCAUAUUCUAUGACACCAAGGUCAGUUGUCAGACUGUUAUAAUAUUAUCGUAGUUAUCUAGCCAUAAUUUGUUAAAAUUGAUAUAACAUAAUGUACAACUACAACAAAAGGCUGUAUUUAAAGGGUAAAUGUUAUUAAUUCUUUUUUCCUUGUUUUGACUUACCGACACAGGUACUUUUUUUCUCCUUCUGAAAAUUUUUUUUAAUGCGGGGAGAGAGAGAGAGAGAGAGAGAGAGAGAGGGUGGUGGUUGGGUUGGGGGAGGGGGGGGGAUAUUCUGAUGUGUUUUUAUUGUUUUCAGGGUUGCAGAAUAAGUUGUCAGAUUUUUUUCUUCAUAUUUACAAGUUAUAAACCUAUUUAGAAAUGUUAUUAAUUUUUUUUUCCUUGUUUUGACUUACCGACACAGGUACUUUUUUUCUCCUUCUGAAAAUUUUUUUUAAUGCGGGGAGAGAGAGAGAGGGAGAGAGAGAGAGAGGGUGGUGGUUGGGUUGGGGGAGGGGGGGGGAUAUUCUGAUGUUUUUUUAUUGUUUUCAGGGUUGCAGAAUAAGUUGCCAGAUUUUUUUCUUCAUAUUUACAAGUUAUAAACCAAUUUAGAAUCCAAAUUUUUUUUAUACCCAGUGGUAGCAACUCUCAACUAUUUAUUGCCUUAAUGGCAUCAAAUAUGAGAGAUUUAUACAUUUUUAUCCUUUAUCGAGUUAUUACAUAAAAUUAUUUGCAAAAUUAAGCUGUUAUUUAAUGAAUCUUAACACUACCGAAUUUCCCCAUCAUAAAUACUUGAUGGUCUCCCUUUUAUAAAAAAAAUUUCCAUUAUACAGAAUUUAAGAACCUAAACAUGUCUGUAUUUAAAAUUUGAAAUCUCAAUGGUAUUGUUAUUGUUACUACAAAGACCUAUAACAAGAAGAUAACUCUUUUAAAUGUGCACAGCUCGCCUUGCUAGUCACGAGCUUGAGCUGAUGAAUGUGGUUGGUGAAAAUUAUGUUUGUGGUGGUCUGUACUAUUAAAAAAACUAUCCAUGUUUUUAGGUCAACUUCAUCAACAGAAUCCUCAACGCAUCGGCCAAAAGAAAACCUGACCAGGCCGCACCUGAGAUUACUUUAAAUCCAUUGGAGGGGAUCGGCGUUGGUGAGUGAAGCGGAUUAUUUUAUAACUGAAAGUUGGCGUUGGAAUGUUGGUGUGCGUUUAUUUAACCUGAUGCCGGCCACCGCCUUAGGAUUUUGCUGCAUUCAACAGAAGCUUAGAAUAAUUCUUGUCCAGGUGAAGGAUGUAACUUAGCCCAGUUUUGUAUGUUAAAUGGUGUCUUUGUCACAACACAGAUGCUCUAUAAUCUGUCACUUUGACACCCAGAGAUGGGACAUGACAGCUCUGAAAGGUUUUGUUACUAUGUUGUUCAUUUUUUUCAUACAUGUUUUUUGACACCCAGAGAUGGGACAUGACAGCUCUGAAAGGUUUUGUUACUAUGUUGUUCAUUUUUUCCAUACAUUUUUUUGACACCUAGAGAUGGGACAUGACAGCUCUGAAAGGUUUUGUUACUAUGUUGUUCAUUUUUUCCAUACAUGUUUUUUUUACCAGCUGAGAAAAGCAGUCAGGCCAGCAUUUUAUGUCAGUCCUACUGUCAGUUGUCAACCAUCAGCUCCAGGAAGUUGUGUGUCCGGCUGGCUAGCGGGGGCGACCCCACAUACUCUUUUAACGUCAGGAUGGUCGGUGAAGAAGUGCAUGGAACAAGUGAGUGGUUGGUUCAACGUGGGACAAAAGUUUUGUUUGAUGGGUUCUGAGCAGAGCUUUCUUCUGAUUAAGACUGUAGGGUCCUAGAGUAUUUGAUAGACUGUCGGCAAAAUAACUUUGGGUUAUCUGUGUCGGCAAAAUAACUUUGGGUUAUCUGUGUCGGCAAAAUAACUUUGGGUUAUCUGUGUCGGCAAAAUAACUUUGGGUUAUCUGUGUCGGUAAAAUAACUUUGGGUUAUCUGUGUCGGCAAAAUAACUUUGGGUUAUCUGUGUCGGCAAAAUAACUUUGGGUUAUCUGUGUCGGCAAAAUAACUUUGGGUUAUCUGUUAAAAGACAGGAAUUAGAAUGUAAACACAAAAAAAGGAGGAUUUUUUGACAAUGUAAUAUGUAAUAUUAAGUCCCAACAGAUUUGGCUCAUAUUGUUCAUCAGGAGGCACAGAAUUUUAUUAUUUGGUUUUCUCUUAAAUUUAGUUGAAUCUUCGUGUGUAAAUUAAUUUUUUACUAAAAAAAAAUGUUUAAAAUUGAAGUUAAAACUAAACAGAACUGUUUACUUUUAUGAUUUUGGCGUACAAUGUACAAUUUUGAGGUGUAUACAUAAUAUAUAUUGCAUGUUUAUAUUUUAGUAUAAAGAUAAUAUAUUGACCGAUUUUGUGAUGAUAUUGUACGAUUUUAAGAGUUUGAGGGUAAACAGGUCUGCAUUUAUUAUUUAGUUAAUAUUCCAACAAGUUUUUUUGACAUGUUGAUUCAAUGUAUCAAACUUCAAGGAAUCAAAGUUAACUUUCUGGGGGGAGUUAAGUGUUGAUUCAAUGUAUCAAACUUCAAGGUAUCAAAGUUAACUUUCUGGGGGGAGUUAAGUGUUGAUUCAAUGUAUCAAACUUCAAGGUAUCAAAGUUAACUUUCUGGGGGGAGUUAAGUGUUGAUUCAAUGUAUCAAAUUUCAAGGUAUCAAAGUUAACUUUCUGGGGGGAGUUAAGUGUUGAUUCAAUGUAUCAAACUUCAUGGUAUCAAAGUUAACUUUCUGGGGGGAGUUAAGGAACCACACCUUGAUUUUUGUGGGUGAAAAUUUUUCCUCAAUUCAUUUUUCUUGGAGUAUUUAACCAAUUUGUAUGUUUUGAUGUAAUUUUGAUUAUUUUUUAAAUAGUUUAAAAUGUAUCAAUGAUCAAAAAGUUUAUGAAUGGAUAAUCCUACAAAAAUAGUUAGAUUAAAAUUGAGUUUAAAAUAUCUUACUUAUUCUUUUAACUGUAAAUUCUAUAAUCUAUUUAUCUUACAUCACGGCACCUUGAUAAGUAUUGUAAGGUAAAUUUAUUCUUCUUCUAUUCUUCAAGGUGGAUCAUUUCGCCACUACUUGUGGCAGGUGGCUCAUGAACUCCAGUCUCCUGCUCUGUCAUUACUGAUACCCUGUCCCAGCUCGGCUGCUGGGAUCAACAAAGGGAGGCUACUCUUAAAGCCUGGCAAGAUGACAUACUCAGAAGAGAAUUUGUUGCUUUUUGUUGGCCAGGUAAACGACUUAGUGGCAGCCAAUGCUCAGUGGGAUUCUGUUAAACUUGUUGUAUCCCGAUAAUGAAUGUGAUAUUAUUUAAUGUUAUACUUUCAAUCCUUGUCACGGAUAAAUUAAAUCACUAAAAUGUAUAAAGGCAUAAGUGAUAUUAUUUAAUGUUAUACUUUCCAUCUCUGUCACAGAUAAAUGAAAUCACUAAAAUAUAUAAACACAUUACCAUUUCUAAAUAGUAAUUAAAUUUAAAAACUGUUCAUUUAAAACUACUAGUGGGAUGUCGAUACACACUAAAUGACCAAAAUAUAGGCUCAGAAAACCUACAUUAACAAAAGUUAUACAUUGACACAAUCUGAAAAUGAGCAUCCUUGAUUGUUAUAACAAUUUAUUAUUGAUGCCCGGUGUUUGUUAUAACAAUGUAUUAUUGGUGCCCGGUGUUUGUUAUAACAAUGUAUUAUUGGUGCCCGGUGUUUGUUAUAACAAUGUAUUAUUGGUGCCCGGUGUUUGUUAUAACAAUGUAUUAUUGGUGCCCGGUGUUUGUUAUAACAAUGUAUUAUUGGUGCCCGGUGUUUGUUAUAACAAUGUAUUAUUGGUGCCCGGUUGCUUGACACAGCACUUCAGUUGAACGCAGUUGAAGAAGUUGUGGUAGGAGACCUACUAUUGGUCAGCGACCGGAAAUGAUGUUUUGUAUCAAAUAGCUGCAAUGAUCCUUUCAGCUCUUGGGCAUCACCAUCAGGGCAGACAUACCGCUUGGCCUUGACCUUCUGUCCACAGUGUGGAAGCUUCUAGUCGGAGGGAGCCUCGACCCGGCCGUUGACCUGCAGCAAGCAGAUGCCUUGACCUACAGAUACAUCAAAAGGAUUGAAAUGGUAAGUAUUACUCUACAAGUGUGUGUGUGUGAUGCAUUUGGAAGGAAUGGCUCAAACUUUCUUUUCCAUAUCUUCUAUAUUGUGAUGUUCAUAGUAUUUAAAAGAAGACAAGGAAAACAAGCACAAGUCCCUCUUCCCCCCUCAACAGAGUUCUGCCACUGCCCAGAUGUGGCCUUUUCUAUUGCUUAUUAAAUAAAGAGUCUGUCAUUAAUGAAGCUAGUGCCACUUUCCUAGAUAAGACAACUUGAUGUUUAAGGGAGUAUGUACCACUUCUAGAUAUACAGGUUAUUAAAUAAACGUAUCUUCAAACUGCCACUGAGUCUUUAGUCAUUAGCAGUGAUGAUGGGCAGCCACUGUGAUUUGAUGGUGGCCCCAUGGCUGCCCACUACUACUGCUAAUCACUAAACACUUUAUUUCAUGUAUACGUUAAUUUCUCUCAUGCUCUUCCAACUUUGUUUGAUGUAUACGUUAAUUUCUCUCAUGCUCUUCCAACUUUGUUUGAUGUAUAUGUUAAUUUCUCUCAUGCUCUUCCAACUUUGUUUGAUGUAUACGUUAAUUUCUCUCAUGCUCUUCCAACUUUGUUUGAUGUAUACGUUAAUUUCUCUCAUGCUCUUCCAACUUUGUUUGAUGUAUACGUUAAUUUCUCUCAUGCUCUUCCAACUUUGUUUGAUGUAUACGUUAAUUUCUCCCAUCCUCUUCCAACUUUGUUUGAUGUAUACGUUAAUUUCUCUCAUGCUCUUCCAACUUUGUUUGAUGUAUACGUUAAUUUCUCCCAUCCUCUUCCAACUUUGUUUGAUGUAUACGUUAAUUUCUCUCAUGCUCUUCCAACAUUAUUUCAUGUACAUGUUAAUUUCUCUCAUCCUCUUCCAGCUAACCUGAUUGCAGUCUCUCCCCUUAUUACCCUUUUAUUUCAUGUAUAUGUUAAUUUCUAUCCUUGUCUCCCACAAUUUAUUCAAUCUCUUUGUGGCCUCACUACCAGGCUGAGACGGAGCCUGAACUUGAAAGUGUGUGUGGUGAUGGAGAGCCCCGAUUUGUUUACACAUCUCUAACAGGACUGGACACUGAACUUGUACCUGGUGGGAGGGCAAUCUAUGUCAAGUACGUUCAUGUACUUGUCUCCAAUUUAACAUACUAGAAUAAUGUACAGUGGAAAAUUUAAAAUUUAGCCUUUUCUACUUUCUCUACUGAGCCUGUGUAGUUAGGUUUGGUGCUUUGGUUGUUCUCUCUCAACAGCAGUUUCUUAUGAAGAUAUCUGAGAAAUGGUUUGAUGUUACCAUUAGUUUCUUAUGUAAACCUGAGAAAAUGAAUUAAUGUCGCCAUUAGUUUCUUAUGUAGAACUAACUGAGAAAUGAAUUAAAUUUCACCAUUUGUUUCUUAUGUAGACCUAACUGAGAAAUGGUUUGAUGUCACCAUUAUUUUCUUAUGUAGACCUAACUGAGAAAUGGUUUGAUGUCACCAUUAUUUUCUUAUGUAGACCUAACUGAGCAAUGGUUUGAUGUCACCAUUAGUGUCUUAUGUAGACCUAACUGAGCAAUGGUUUAAUGUCAACUUUGUUGUUUAAAAUGUACUCUACCUAAAAACGGUGUUUAUGGUUCUCUCCUACAUUGCCAUGGUUCUUUCCCUUCAAUGAUCAGCUGGCAAAAUCGACAGGCCUACAUUGAUGCCAUCAAAAGGAUGCGUUUGCGGGAACUGACCAGCGGUCAGCGAGUGGCAGCCGUUGUCGCAGGAUUAUCCAGUCUGGUUCCGUACCAGGUCCUGACCCUGAUGUCUCCUCUUGACCUGGAGGUCAGGACUAGCGGACGGCCUCACAUCAACUUGGACUUUCUCAAAGUAAUUACAAAUGAUUUCUUUAUAGUAAUUAAAGGCCUUAUUUAUAAUAGAAGUCUUGGAUCAUAUACAUCUCAGAUUUGACCAUAAAUAUAGUUUUUAAUCAUAUCCAGCUUUUCCCCCAUAUUCAAAAAAAAUUUUUUUUUUAUUACACUUGACAUUAACUUGGUUAGUUUUUCCAAAUUUUCCUUCAGUUUCACUUAACUUAAGAAGUGAUGUUUAGUACACUACUGAAACUGACAUUAUAUUUUAACCUUUCAAAGAUUGAUAGAUCCUCCAUUUUCCAUUUCAAAACGACCUGUGUUAUUAAAAUUUUGAAUUGACUCAAAAAUAUAUCCAUUCAUCGAUCCUUCCCUGUGGCACUUCAGUCCAUGUAGGACUUUGACCUGCCUCACCACAUCCUUCCACUCAGACCAUCAUCCUUCCUUUUGGUGCUUCAGUCCUUGUAGGGCUUUGAAUGAGCCUCACCACAUCCUGCCACUCAGACCUAUCCAUCUUCCAUGUGGCACUUCAGUCCAUGUGGCGCUUAGGCCUGCCUCACCACAUUCUUCCACUUGGACCUAAACUAAUGCUUUUUGAUUUUUUUUCCAUGUUUGGAUUCCCAGCUGCUGUAGAUCUUUUUCCAAAUCAUCCCUCUAAGCCUAGGUCUGCCUUGAGCUGUUUUCCUCUGGGGUUGUGGUGAUGUACCCUCUUCACUCCUCUGUCAUUCAGCAUCAUUUGGCAUUCUUUUUAAGUGUCCCGCCAGGUUGUAGCCUGUCCUGCCAGGUUGUAGCAUGUCCCGCCAGGUUGUAGCCUGUCCCAUCAGGUUGUAGCCUGCCCCGCCAAGUUGUAGCCUGUCCCGCCAGGUUGUAGCCUGUCCCGCCAGGUUGUAGCCUGUCCCGCCAGGUUGUAGCCUGUCCCGCCAGGUUGUAGCCUGUCCCGCCAGGUUGUAGCCUGUCCCGCCAGGUUGUAGCCUGUCCCGCCAGGUUGUAGCCUGUCCGGCCAGGUUGUAGCCUGUCCCGCCAGGUUGUAGCCUGUCCCGCCAGGUUGUAGCCUGUCCCGCCAGGUUGUAGCCUGCCCUUUUUAUUUUUGCUGCUAGUUAGGGAUCCGGAUAAGUCCAUACAAUUCCAGUUUUUUGUGUGUUUUUUUUGCAUUCUCCAUCCAUAUUCAUCCUUUGUUGCUCCAUAUCUUUUCCAAAGAAAUUGUCUCUCUGAUGUGUUUAAUUGGUUUUAUUCCAUUUUGGUCCAAGUUUCACUUGCAUAUGUUGAAACUGGCUUGGUAACAGUUUUAUAGAUAGUUUUCUUUGUUUUUCUUGUAAUGGUUUUACUAAUGAGUAUUUUGUGACUACUGAAGUAUGCCCUGUUUCCGGUCGACAUUCUUUCUUUUAUUUUAGUUAGUAAAUCAUUUCUUUCAUUGAAUAAAGAUUCUAGUUAAGAAUUAAUUUACAUUUUCAAAAGUGUGGUUUCUAAUUAUAAUGGUUUCAACUGCCUGUUCUUCUCUUAACUUAAUCAUGUAUUUAAUUUUUUUGUUGUUUAACUUUUAUCUGAUCCUCUUUUAACAAUAUUAAAAGUAUCAUUUUUAUUUCUACACUCGAAAUUUCAGAGAAUCAUGAAUUUAAAAACAAGGCUCAUGUUAAAUUUAAAAAAAAUUCUUUUAUCUGAAAAAAGUAAUAUUUUCUGUCAAUGUUUGCCAUCCAGGCUCACACUAUGUACCAAGUAGGAUUGGUGGAGUCGGACUCCCACAUAGAAUACUUUUGGACAGCCCUGGAGUCUUUCAGUCAAGAGGAGUUGACCAGGUUUAUCAAGUUUGCUUGUAACCAGGAGCGUGUCCCCCACACAUGUCCUUGCCAGGAGGGUGGACCAGACUCUGCACACGUCCCACCUUUCCCCAUGAAAAUUGCUCCACCCGAUGGCUCAGGUAAUGACAUUUGUUUAACCACACAGACAAAUUUUAAGCUGCCCUACAGAUAGUGGGAAACAUGUAUCAACUCUGUCAACAUCGGUUUAGCGGAUGGAAACAUUUGAUGACAUAUUUUGAACCUCUUGAUAAUUUGUAAAAAGUUGAAAUUAGAUCUAAUCAAAGGGAUUAGUUAUUUCUUAUAUUUAAAAAAAAAAUAAAUUAAGGCAAGUAUCCGCCAAUGUUAAUGGCUUGGAUGCAAUCUUCAUUGGUUAUAUCAUUAAUAGCAGAAUUUUUGGUCUCUCUGUGUUACACUUUUGUAAUGUUCCUAAACAGACAUAUUUUGUGUGGAUGCAUCUCUCCCGAAAACAUGAAAAGAAAGAGUGGAAGAAUUUAGGACAGCUUUAUAAUAAUAACAAAUGUAGAAAAUCUGAAGCUGACCCUGGAAUUUGAUUGUGUUUGAAUGAUGACAUGCCCUCUUAUACUUUGGCCAACGUUGAGAUACUCUUUUUCAGUGAAAGCAGAUCCAACCGAUAGCAUAGAUAUCAAUGGCAUACAAGCAUUAGCAUUCAUUAAAAUGGGGAUUUGAUGUGGGAACUAUUGUCUUUGAAAUGAAAGUCAAAUUCCUUUCUAGCACGAUCAUCAACAAUGCUACAGAAUAGAAGUUUUUUUUUUUUUAGCUUGGCGCGCUCUCUUCAAAGUUUUUGCUUUUGCUUAACAGGUCCACCAGAUGCUCGUUACAUCCGAGUGGAGACCUGCAUGUUUAUGGUCAAGCUCCCGCAAUACUCCAGCCAGGAAGUCAUGACCCAACGUCUCCGCUACGCCAUCAACUGCAGGGAGGACCCCUUGAGUGGCUAGACAUUUUCCGUUAUCACUAUGACAACACACGUGCUCAAUCAAAUCUGAUUCUAAAUUCAUUUUUAUAUUUAUUUUAAAAAAUCAUUUUCAAAAUUAAUAAUCCUAUCAGUGUCUCAAAAGUUUUUUUUUUUAUUUAAAAAAUGUUGAUUUACCUUUAUUGACAAUGACGGCAAAUAAUGUAAAAAUCUUACUUCUGAACACUUAGGGAGGUUUGAUGUCAAGAUUAAGUAUUUUUACUACAAUUUCAACAAAAUGUCGACCUUUUUUGUUCAUUGUUUGAUAAUGAAUUAUUUUUUUUUUUCAAAUUAAUUGUUUCACUUUGCGUUAUACAGACGUUUGUUUUCUCAAUGAAUUUACUUUUUUCAUUUGCAAGUAAUUUAUUUUCGGUGAGUUAUUUUGAAAGUCGUACGUGAGCUCACAUAUUUUGAGAUCAUUGCUGGUCAUCUUUUGUUUAUGCUGGUGACAGCAGUGAUAAGCAAACCCUUAUGGUUCUUGUAGCUGCAAUAAUAUAAGAUAAUAUAUAUCCCCCCAACAUAUUUAUAAUCUUUCUCGUGUAAACACGAUAAAUAAGGAUGAGUCUUUCUCAACACUUAAUAAUAAUAAUAAUCUUACAGUUGAUAAACAACCCGCAACAGUUUUGGGACUCUUUGUAAGGGGCCUGAUGGAGCUUCAGAGCUCCUAAGAAGGGUCUCACGUUGUUCAUUUAUGAUGUAGCUAUUUCCAUAGUGACAUGAGCGAAACUAGAUAUUUUUGUGACAAAUGGGAAGCCAUUUUCUUUUCAACUUGUGACUCUUUGAGUUUUUUCUUCUUCAUCACGAACAUGUUCAAAAUAUCUUUACUGAAAUUCAGUUUUAGUGGUCCAUCCAGCUAUUACAUCAUUCAUUAUUUAGUUGAAUUUUUUUCCAAUUUCUUUUUAGUAUAAUUUGUAUGUAUAUGUUAAACAUCAUAUAUAGUAUGGGGGCAAUUGUUACUGGUGAAGGAGAGUCUAUGGUCAUAGGUACCAGAUAGGAACCACUAUGUUCUCAUGUUUUUGAGGACAUCAGCUCAGAAAGUUAUGAUUAGAUCUGAAGGUGUAUUUCACUUAUUUGGUCAACUCUACCAGUCAUUUUUGUUUGCCCAUCAUUUCUAUCUGCAUAUGUUGACAAUAUGUACCUGCCCAGGAAACUGACCCAUUCUUGAUGAUAUCCUAUGACCCCACAAUCAAAAGGAGUCUGAUCACUGCUCAAUGAUUGAUGCUACUUUUUAGACACACUGUAGUCAUCCUGACCAGUUUUUUCAACUAAUGCUUGCAACUACCCUCAUAAGGGUUUUGUUUUUUAAUAAACUAACUUUUUUUUUUGUGGUACUGAACAAAGGCUGGGUACAGGUGGAUUAGACAAAGGCUGGGUACACAUGAGAAUAGACAUGGGCUGGGUACAGGUGAAAUUAGACAAAUACUGGUUGGAUACAGAUUGCAUUGGACAAGGGCUGGGUACAGUUUGGAUUGGAUAAGGGCUGGGUACAGGUGAGAGACAAGGGAUGGGUACAGGUGGGAGACAAGGGCUGGGUACAGGUUGGAUUGGACAAAGGCUGGGUACAGGUUGGAUUGGACAAGGGCUGGGUACAGGUUGGAUUGGACAAGGGCUGGGU